GGGUUUCCUUUUUUUCCCUGCCCGAGCGGAGAAAGAUGGCGGGGGCAGGCGCCGGCGGGAUGGAGCUCAGGGAGCCGACGGGGCUGCGAGGCUGAGCUGCGGGAGGAGGCCGCUCUCGGGGGCUGCUGGGAGGCCGAGAGGGAGGAAGGAAGGGCGGGAAUUUCGCGGUGGCGGCGCUCUCGCUCUUCCUCGGACCAGAGGAGCCGGCGGUGGCGGCGGCGGCAGGGCUCGUCCCGGGGCCCGACCAGGGGUGUGGAGGCGGGAAAGCGAGAGGAUGAAGAGCCCGGCGCGGCGGCGUUGCUGCUGCAACCCGGGGAGCCGCCCCAGUUGUGUCCCACCAGGCCGGGCCGCUCGCUAGUCCGUGCUGGAGGCGGCGCAGGGCAGCCCGGGCGCCGCGGCCGCAGAGCAGCUGCUGGAAGGGGAGCGCUUACCGCCCAGGCUCCGGCCCGGCGGGGCCAUGCCGUGGCUGAGCGGAGGGCGGCGGCGGCGCCAGCAACAACAGCCACCGCAGCAGCCGCCGCCGCCGCCGCAGCAACAGGCUCCGGCCGCUAUGGGGCAAGGGAUGGGGCAGGCGCCCAUGGGGCAGCCGGCAGCGCCGCGUGGCCGGGAGAACUCGGAGCUGCCUUUACCCGCCGGCUGGGAGGAAGCGAGGGACUACGACGGGCGAGUCUUCUAUAUCGACCACAACACCCGGCAGACGUCGUGGAUCGACCCCCGGGACAGGUCAGGAAGGGCGAGGAGGCCCCUUUUCCUCCCUCCGAAACGAGGCUCCCUUUAGCAACAUCCCCGCCGUGUCCUGGGACGGCGCUUGCUUGAAGGCGGCGGGGCCUGCAGAAAUGGUCGUCGGAAGGGAAGGUCUAGGCUCUGGGAAAGAGCAUCUGGAGGGGCCUGCGAUUUUAAUUCGGAGCAAGGGCCACCCCCCUUUCACGCUCUUUCCCCGAGUCGCCCUCCUUCCUUCCUUGCAAGUUUAGGGAUGGUCGUUCCCGGUUCCGGGGAUAACGCCGCAACUCCAUUUUGUCCCGUGUCAUUUUUUGGGGAGGGGAGGCUGGCGAGAAUAGUGCUGAGCGCGCCUCAUUGUUCUCACUCGCAGGAGACGGGGCAGGGCGGGGGGCAUUUUCUCCUUCUCAGUGCCGUGAAGCCAGGACUGUUUUCUUUCCUUCUCCUUCAGUAUCUUGUUUUAGCAGAUUGUGGUUUGAAUUCCUAUACCUCUGUCUGAUAACAGCAACGGAUUCUGACCUAGGUGCCCCUGUAAAUCUUUUUUUUUCCUGCGUGGGAAGGAUUGCCUCUGUUCUGAACAGUAAAUUAGUAAACAGGCAGGACUCAGCAAUAUCUCAGCUUUGCAUGGGUAACGUGUUAUUAGGUUGUUUUACUUAAUAAGAGUAGAAAAGCCCCCCUGCCCCCAAUAAUGCUUAGGUGUUGUGUCCUGGAGCUAAAAUCUAAAACAACGGUAUUGCAACAGUUCAUUCUGGCUCUGUUCUUUGACAUUUUGUUUCUUUUAGAGGUUAUGGCAAAUGCAGCAUUUUUAAGGCAUACCAUCUUGUAUUCUGACAUUAAUAAGUAUUGUUACUAAAAUUGCUUUGGGACCAAUCAGUAUCCUGAUGUGUCUUUGUAUAUUUCUUGAAUGAAGCUUUAAUCAUCAAAAAGCAGAAGGGUUCUUUGGCUCCCUCUCCAUAAUAGAAAGCUGUCAGCUUCUUUUGCUGAAAAAAAAAGCACCUUUCCAAACAUCUAACACUAAAAGCAAAGGUUGUGUUGGUGCAUAAGAAAAAACUCCAGCGUCUACAGUUGCAUAGUACCUUUAAUAAGAACAACCAAAAAGGUCACAAACAUGUUACUUUUAGGAAACUUUGAACAAGUUUUAAAAAUGUUAUUUCUAAGCCUGAAAUCCUAUGCAUUGUAACUUGAAAGUUUAUUCUGUAGAAAUUAGUAGACCUAACUUCUGAUAAAAUAUGCAUGAAAUUGAACUGAUAAUAGUAUUUAAACUUAGGCACUAUUGGUACCAGUGACAAAAGAAGCUAAACACACCCUCUUAACAGUUGUCAGUGAUUUCAUGUAGUGAGUUUACUUGUCAAAAAGCUGCAGGUCUUUUUUUUGUCUAGAGCCAGCAUGGUUGAAUGGAUAAAACAUUGAAACUGAGUCUAGAAGACUGGAGCUCAAACUGCAUUUCAGCUGAAGACUUGGGAUGAAUUGUAAUCACUUAUUUUCCUGUGUUUACAAAUUAGAAAAUAGUAACACUUUGUACAGUUGCAUGAUUGAGAUGAUGUUGCAUUAAGUUGCUUUACACAUGGGAAGUGCUACAGAAAACAUGUUGUUACUUACUAUGCCUUUGAAAACAUCAUGACUAGAAUACUGUGGUGGAUCCAAGAAUGCAAAGUUUAUUUUUAUAGCUUUUGACAUUGAUCCCUGUGCACACAUGUUCAAAAUUUCAUUCAUAUUUAUUUGUUUGUUUUAUUACACUUCAAGGGCAGCAAACAUCAAAGAAACAAUACAGUACAAUCAAAAUUAAAAUAAUCAUAGUCAUGUUUGGAAGCUCACAUAGAUGCUGCCAAAACAUUUAUGAAUUAAUGUACUGUCAAGCCUUUUUUUUUUUUUGGUAUUUUGUUUUAAAGAUCUUGCUCCUGUUUGUGACUAUUGUAUGCUGGUGCUAAAAGGAAAAUAGAACAAGCAAUAUCUUCUGGCAGAACUCCUUAACUGUCAGCAGGAUUUCCCAUGACGGCAUGUGGGCUAGGGCUAAGACUAUGAUUCCUGUGGUAUAUGCAGGCAGAGUUCCUAUUUUAUCAUAUGCUUUUAUGGAUCCUACUAAACUAAUUACAACCAUGUUUGCCUAGAUAGAUCAAAGAAAAGAAAUAUUUGAAGGGAAAAAAUGUCAGGAAAAGACUUGUUUCAGAAGGAAUCUAGCUAUAAUAUGCUUUUUAUGAUCUAUUUGAGAAAUACUUGCAGAGACAAUUCACCUGCCUUCUUUUGAGAUGCAUACUGAUUAGGGGUGCUGUCAAAAUUUGCUCCAGCCUGGUUUUGUAAACUAACUUCUGGAUUUUUUAAAGGCCAUCUCAAUGGACAGGCAAAAUUCCAGGACACAAACACACAUGGAUUGGGGGCAGGUGUUCUAGCUGCCUUACUCCUAGCCUCCACUAGCCCUCCCCUCCCUUCCCAAUUCUUAAACAGGAAAAUUGGUGAAGAGCAGAGAGAAGGAAGUUCCCCCAUCCGCUUUUUCUGUCAUCUUGAUACUCACUGUAGCACAUAAGGACUAAAGUAGUGCUGCAUUUCAGAACUGAAUAAAAGUAAUAGCAAGGGCUGCUGCAGUGGUCCCAAGUGCCAUUGCUUUUUCAAUUCCAGUUCCUAACACACUGCAUGUCAGGAAUGAAAAAAUUAAGGAGAGUUCACCUGUAGCUAAUAUCAAGUAACGGAAAGCUCAGAGUGGGUUGUCCUGAAGUAUUCUAGUACCCUGCCAUCCUUGGCAAACAGGGAAUUCUGUUUUGUUGCAUGUCUUUUUACAACAUCUCCAUGAUCCAGUUGGGCCUCUUUUGAUCUGCCUGAGCACCUUCUGAAUGUUUUCCUACUGGGAAGCUCUUACUUUCCUUUUGCUUCAUUGGAGUUCUUCAGGAAAGUGUUCUUGGUCCUCUCCACUUCCCUCUGCAUUUAUGAGGAGUGGUGUGCCUACAAACUGGGUCAGGCCAUAAAGCAGUUUGAUGAGUUCUGCCAACCCAGUAAGUUCAGUCAUGGUUUCUUGUCUGCGAUCUGAGUCUCCAUCACAGUACAGAUCUCAGAUGAGAAGUUCAAACCUUUCCACUCCGACCAGUGCAACGGUUAAGAAAUUGCUCUGUUGUAGCACAGGGCUGAGAGGAGACAUUGAAAUAUCUCUUCUCAACCUAUCACUGUAGUGGGGGUUGCAUGUGUGCACCUGUGUGUAAUUAUGAGAAAGAGUCCAUAUGAGCAUUAGAAGGUUGGCUGAGUUUUUGAAUGCAUCCCUCUGGCUAAAAAGUGUGAGCUGCCCUUGCUGCAUGCGCUGCCUGAGUGGCCUGCCCACAGCCCAUGAUUUUGUACCACCUACACGCUGAUGACACUUCUACUACUUUGCCCCCAAGCUCUCGCCCUUCCCCAAGUUUCAUAUCUCCAUCUGCCUCUAAUAUUUCCACCUAGACAUAUUUCUGCUUUGUUGUCAUUUUCCAAGCACUUAUUUCCUUUGCUCAUUUUACUUACCCAUUGAAAUAUUGAGCAGGCAUGUAGCAGAAACUGCUUCCUGUGCUUCCCACGUCUAGUCCAUUGUCAAACUAUGGUGUGUUUCCCGUUAUAAAAACAUGGCUGUUGCUGCUUGAUUCAGCAAAAACAAACAAACAAAAAGCAACAACAACCCUCUGGGCCUCACCCUGGUCAUAUCUUUCCUUGAUUACUACAUAAUAUCCUCCUCUGGUUUUCCCUUCUCUCACCUGGGUCUACUGCUUUUCCAGCAACUUGCUGACAAAGCAUUCACCUCUGCCAGAAUCAUUCACUACCUCUUUGUAAUGCCCUUCCUUAAAUCCUUACACUGACUUCCUGUCCAUUCCUGAAUCCUGUUCAAGCUUCUUAUCCUUGCUUUUAAAACCAUGUAGGCCUUGCCUUCUUUAUCUCUCUAGUUUUCAUAUACAUCUCCAUCUGUGCCCUUAUCUUGACCACCUAUUGCUCCCCUAAGCCAUCUAAAGUUCUUCACAGAUGACGUUUUUGCUGUGUUUUAUACAUGGAACUGUCUUCCAGAGUGCCAAUGUGCUUACUUCUGCUUCAAACCUAUCCUCUCCUUUUCAUUGAAGCUGUUGGUACAACUCACUGGUCUCCAAAUGUUGUUAUAACUAAAUCUGAAUAACUUCAAUAAUUAAGUUAUUUUCCUGUUAACCCACCGCCUCUGUUGUUGUUGUUGUUGUUGUUGUUGUUGUUGUUGUUGUUUUAUACUCCGCCCAUCCGGCUGGGUUUCCCCAGCCACUCUGGGCAGCUUGCAGCACAUAAGAAAUUGUAAAACAUUAAACAUUAAAAAUUUCCGGAUACAGAGUUGCCUUCAGAUGUCUUCUAAAAGUCAAAUAGUUGAUUAUUUCCUUGGCAUCUGAUGGGAGGGUGUUCCACAGGGUGGGCGCCACUACCGAGAAGUCCCUCUGCCUCGUUCCUUGUAACCUCACUUCUCUCAGUGAGGGAACCGCCAGAAGGCCCUCGGAGCUGGACCUCAGGGUCCGGGCUGAACGAUGGGGGUGGAGAUGCUCCUUUAGGUAUACAGGACCGAGGCCAUUUAGGGUUUUAAAGGUCGGCACCCAGACUUUGAUUUGUGCCCGGAAACUUACUGGGAGCCAAUGCAGAUCUCUCAGGACCAGUGUUAUAUGGUCUUGGCGUCCACUCCCAGUCACCAGUCUAGCUGCCGCAUUCUGGAUUAAUUGCAGUUUCCGAGUCACCUUCAAAGGUAGCCCCAUGUAGAGCGCAUUGCGGUAGUCCAAGCGGGAGAUAACUAGAGCAUGCACCACUCUGUCGAGACAGUCUGGGGGAAGGUAGGGUCUCAGCCUGUGUCCCAGAUGGAGCUGGUAGACAGCUGUCCUGGACACAGAACUGAUCUACACCUCCAUGUACAGCUGUGGGUCCAAAAUGACUCCCAGGCUGCGGACCUGGCCCUUCAGGGGCACAGUUACCCCAUUCAGGACCAGGGAGUCCUCUACACCCACCUGCCCCCUGUUCCUCCAAAACAGUACUUCUGUCUUGUCAGGAUUCAACCUCAAUCUGUUAGCCACCAUCCAUUCUCCAACCGCCUCCAGACACUCACACAGGACCUUCACUGCCUACACUGUUUCUGAUUUGAAAGAGAGGUAGAGCUGUGUAUCAUGCACAUACUGAUGAACACCCAGCCCAAACCCCCGAUGAUCUCUCCCAGCGGCUUCAUACAGAUGUUAAAAAGCUUGGGGGAAAUGACAGAGCCCUGAGGCACCCCACAAUUGAGAGUCCAGGGGUCUGAACAUUCAUCCCCCCAACACCACUUUCUGGACACGGCGCAGGAGAAAGGAGUGAAACCACUGAAUAACAGUGCCCCCAGCUCCUAGCCCUUCUAGCCGGUCCAGAAGGAUGUUGUGGUCAGUGGUAUCAAAGGCCACUGAGAGAUCCAGCAGAACUAGGACCCAGCUUUCACCCUUGUCCCUAGCCCGUCGGAGAUCAUCAACCAGCACGACCAAGGCAGUUUCAGUCCCUUGAUGAGGCCUGAAUCCAAAUUUGAAGGGAUCUAAAUGGUCCUCAUCCUCCAGGCAGAUUGAGUCUUGGCCCCUGCCCCUAGGCCAGGUGGAAACGGCCUUGCAGGGAGUGGUCUUCAGCACUCAUUCCCAUCACUUUAAUCUGUAGACUGCUUUUGUAGAUUGCUUGAUCGUGUGACCCUAAUUCUUUUUAAAAUGCCAUGUGGCAGUAUACGUUUAUUAUUAUUAUUAUUUAUAUUUAUACAUUAUUAUUUAUAUAGAUUAAAUUUUUACAGGCACUUGCUUUAAUAAGAUUACAUCUGUUCUUGUUUGAUUUUUUUAAAACGAAAGCUGAGUAUGUUGUCAUUUAGAAACUAGUCAUAAACCUUUUAUCUACAUUUCCAAGAAAGAAUGUUUGUGAGUAUUAUGCAUUCCUAUGAAAGAAGAAAUAUCUGUGUGUUUUCCUAUACUGAAUUGUGUUUUCAUAACUGGAGAGCUUGAAUAUCAGCCAAAACUACUUUACCAGAAAUACGCAUGGAAUGUUAAGUAAAGCCAUGAAAUGUUGUGCUUUUGUUUUUUACAAAACAGUAAAAAUGUGUGCAGUUUCUUUUUGUAUUAAUAAUGAACGAAGGGCACUAGCCAAAUUUUCAAAUCAUUUUAAUUUUUCAACACAAACUUUGUUACCAAGUUUCCCAUGUUUAGCUCUAAUAAACAAAUCUAUGGCCAGGAUUCAAAGAGCUACUUUGAGCAUCUUUAGUGGGACAUUUUGUUUUGAAAAGCAGGUCUUGCUAUAUCACUGCUUUGCUGAAAAUUCUUGUGGUUUCAAAAACAGUUUGCCCUGUGGCAUAAGGAACUGGCAUUUGAGAAGCGUAAUAUAAAGUUCGUUUGGAUGUAUAGAAGGCAUUGCAAGGUGUUUUUUUAAAAAAAUAUUUCAAAUUGCUUCUAACAUAAUUUAAAUACUCUACCAACCCAGGAGCUAAAUCGGGGUGAAGAACAGCAAUGGGCUCCCUUAGCUCCUGACAACAGGUGGCUCAUUUUCUUUUGCAGCCUGAAAGUAAAAAUGAAGUUCAAAGCAAAAUGUUUCUUUGCAGGCAUGGCUUGGGUUCCAGCUACAUCUCACCAGGAUUUGAGGUCACUGCCGAUCAGGUGAUUGAUGGUGAUUUCAAACCGCUUUUGGCAGGGAUGAUCUAUGAAAUUCCAUACACACACACACACACACACACACACAAAACAAUAUUACGCAAGUACUGAUAGCAUACUAACACACAUUAAAUAAUUGAAGGUUGCACCAAAAUUCAGAUGAAAAUGAGAACCGUCUUCCUUGUUUGCAAACUGAAUGAAGAUGUUAGAUGAUGGCUUAGUGAAACUAGUAUUGUAUUUAGGCACCUGCUUAAUUUGUAGCUGAUACAGCUCUCUGUGUGGAAGUACAUGUUGUACAGAGCUGUGGGCUUGGAAACUUCAGAAGCUUCUCUUAAAACUUCAGAAGUGUGAAAGUCUCUCAAUGAUAAAAGCAACCUUAAUCAGUAAUACUUUUAAUUGGCAAAAUAUGCGUCGUUUUCAACUAAAUAAAUACAUGAGCAGAAUGACUUUGCUUGCACAACAGGACUUUUUAUUUCCUCUCCUUCCAAAUUUGCCCCCCACUGUCCCCAAAUAUGCUUCGUAUUUAGGGGGCAUGCAGGAGGAAGAGAGGGGAAGAGUCCAAAUGAAUGUCAUUCUGCUUGCACCACUUAACACAGGUGUACCCAAUGUGGACCUUCCAGAUCUCCACUCGCACCUCCCUGACUAUUGAUAAUGCUGAUUGGGGCUAAUGUGAGUGUAGUCCAACACAUCUGGAGGUCACCUUAUAGCCUACCCUGGUCUAGUAUGCUAGUGCAUGGAACAGGAGUUUUAUUUCUCUCCUAAUUGAGGUUGUUAGAAUGAAGAAAACUUGGAGGAUGCAGGGCACCAGGAGUGGAGUGAUGUUUGACAGGACUGUGAACUCACUUCUAGUACAGUGGUACCUCCGGUUGUGGUUGGGAUCUGUUCCAGAGCUCUGGUUGGAUCCCAAGGUUUCCGCAGCCGGAGGUGCCUGCUCUGCGCAUGCGUGCGGCACAAUAGAGCGUUUCUGCAUAUACACACAGCACGGUAGAGCGCUUCUGCGCAUGUGUGUGUGGCGAAACCCGGAAAAAUACUUCCGAGUUUUCCACGUGCGUAUUCCAAAGGAUACGUAACAAGACGUGCAUGUAAGUAGAGAUACCACUGUAUUGAAAACAAUUUUCUGAGUUCAGUUUUGCUUAGAGUAAGGUUACCAAACAUCCCUGUUUCCCGGGGACAGUCCCUGGAUUUACAAAUCAGUCCCCUGACAAAAUCCUAUCAUUCCUAUUGAAGUUGAAAAGUGUCCCCGGAUUCAUUGAAAAAAAUCUGGUAACCUUAGCUUAGAGGCACCUUGUUCCUUAAUGCUGAGAAUACUGUUUUAUCCCUUUUACACCUGUUUCUGGUUAGUUUAUCCUGGGGUUCUAGUAAAACGUAGAAGAUCCUGCCAGUGUGCCCACCUCUGCUUAAGAGGAUGGGGAAAGAGAUGGUGAUAUAUGCCAAUUUAAUACAGCUGUGGAUUAGAUGAUGAAGAAUAUUUUGCACAAUUCCAGCUCCCUUUAAGUGUCAUUCUUGUAUAUCCAAACUGUUUUGCAAUGGAAAUCAUUCUUAUUCUGGACUCCCUUUGUGCUAGGACACACUUCUCAAAUUCUCAUAUGCCAUUCAGGCACGAAACUGGUUAGGGAACUUGUUGUGAAAGUGGUGAUUAAUUUGAUAUGAAUAACUUUAUUUGUCAUUCUGAAUUUCACUUGAAUAUCCUGCUACAACAUAGGUGAGCUUACAAAAACUGGUAUGCAGUAUUAUUCAAGUUGUUUUCUCCAGUUCUAAGGAUUUCAUUUAGGAUUUCAUUUGCAAAUAGAUAGUAGAGUUCUAAUGCUAUUGCUAGAUGACUUUUAAACUUAAUUUUUUUAAACUAUUUAGUACAAUAGACAUACUUCAAUUUCACCAUCAAAUAAUGUGUUUCUGUGCUUCCUGUUCCUUCUUUUUAAAAUAAUAUAGUUAUGUAGACUUUUUUAGCCACCGGGCCAAAAAACAACAAAUAAUAGUAUCUUGAAAUAGUACCAAGAUUUCAAAAAGCAAAUAAAAUGACAUUUUUAGCUCUUUUAAAGAUUCAUUCUCCUUGGCGAAUUUUCUUUGUACAUGCUCCUUUUCUUUCACUGUUUUUGGAAACAGUUUUCUUAGCAUUCAGGCUGUACACACAGCAGGGCACACUACUGAGCUUUCUUUCCUGCUGUGUGUAGAACAUUUUAAUGUGGGACAGAGACUGAAGACAAGAAUCUCUGUCCUUUUUCAUACUGAACUGAGUAGGACCUACUUAUGUAGCCAUUUAUAUAACCAGAAUCCAGUAAAUUUUCCCGUGUGCUGGCAAGAGGGGAAGGAAAUUGCGUAAGCCUGAGAUGUAUCUCUGCCUUGGCAUAUGUACAAGCUAGACAUCAAAGAUUUGUGUAAACUUGUCUGAAUAUUAAAUGCAAAUUUAAAAAAUAAAUAGGCUUUGAUUUGACUUGAAUGCUUAGGUUACAUGCUUCAAUAUUUGAUAAUCUAUUUUUGUUAAGAUUCACAUCAAGCUGUUCAUUUGCCUAUGUCUUGUAAGCUAAAUGAGCACAUAGCGGGUUUUGCAAAAUACUAAAAGGCCUAGAGAUUGCAAAAUUAUUUCAUAUAGGUUUUGCUCUGCAGGUUGUACUCUGAAAUUAGUUUAUAAAUGUUUCAGAGGAUUUAUAGACGUAUGGACAAAGUUCAUGUAUAGAAAACUGCAGUGAAGAUGAGCCAUUAUUAAGCAGAAGGAUGUUUUAAAGUUGAGAAUCAAUCACAGAGCGUCUACAGUUCUGGUCUGGAAAAUAUGUGUCUGCCCAUGGAAAUGCAUUUAUUUUGCUUUUCCAUGAAUAAACCUUUCAAAAUGCAGGAUUGUAAAUUUGUAGCUUAAAUAUUCUUUAAGUAUGUAUAUAAUGUAUAUUUAAAAUACACUCUUGGACUUGAAAAAGCUCUGUGGUGUCUACUUUUGGUGGAGACAGAAAAAUUAAUUAAAAUAUUUUUUAAAUGUCUCAUGUUUGUCACUAUUUUUUUAUUAUUUGGGUGCCAGCAUUACUCCCAGCUAUUUAAAAUGAAUCCAGCUAUAUAUAUUUUACACACAUACAUCAGAGAAAUCAUAGUGCUCAUAAUAUGGCAGGAUUUCCAUUUUUUGUUCUACUUGCACUGAAACAGCUUUUCGCUACGCUAAUUUUGAAUUUCAAAACCAAUUGCUUAAUAAUUGAAUAUAUCAUUAAGAGCCUACGCAAGUGUUUUAUCUGUAGAUUCAUGUUAAUGUUUUAUUGAACAAAGAGCACUAUUCCAUAUUGGAAGGUUUUCCCACCCUUUCUUUUUCUGUAUUUUUCUUUAGCAGGACAGAUUUGUUCUUUCUGGUAUUCAGGUAAAGAUACUAUAUGUAAAAGAAAGUCCAAUACAGCAUUUAUAAGUUGUGGAAUGAAAGGUAUGCUUGCUCUAGUUCCUUCAGGAAGAAUAGCAGACUACUUUCCAUGUAUCGGACAGCUAUAUACAUACUGUUUCCAUUUCCAAAUCAAAAUAUUUCUCCUUCAGUUGGUGCCUUGGCAGUGGUGAGGAACCUUUUUCAGUCUCAUAGGCUGCAUGCCAGUGGUGGGUGGGACCAGAAGCAAAAGUAGAGGAGCAAUGAAUGUGACUUUUACCUUCACACAGAGGUUUCUAUAUAUACACAUCCACCUCCUCCCCACAUACGUAACUCUUCUUCAUCCAAGCAAGCAAGAGGCACCACAGCUGAAUGGCUUAUUCCAGCAAGGAAGAAACAUUCAAAGGUGGGAGCAGGGCAGGCAGGUGAGGGUGUGUGGCCUGAGCAGAGUCCCCUAGGUUUGAGAUCCCCAGCGCCUAUCUUAGAGAGUACUUGCACGCUGGAAAAAGUACUUUUAGUGAGGUAGUUAAAUAGUUGUGGCAGGCAUUUUGAUCCUGAGCUAUGCUUUUUAUUGCUAGGCAUAAUCACAGGCAUUCACUACAUCAGCAGAAGUCAUAGCUUGCACAGAUAAGACACUUUGUACUUCUGAUGAUGGCAGAUGCUUGUAAGUCUGUCUGGAUAAAUGAAUUGCUACAAACUAUGAGCAACACAAAAUUAUUGACAAUCAGAGGCUAGUGGAUAUCUGUCUACAAUAUCUGCAUGGAUUGGGCCAGGGACCUUGUGAUGUCGAACAGCACUGGGUUUGGGACAGAACCCUGCGGCAGCCCACUUGUAACUUCUUUCCAGGAUGACAAGGAACCAUUGGAGAACAUUCUUUGGGUUUGAUCAGUCAACCAGUUACAAAUGCACCAAAUAAUAACACUGCCUGACGUGGAUGGCGCUGUGGGUUAAACCACAGAGCCUAGGACUUGCCGAUCAGAAGGUCGGCAGUUUGAAUCCCCGUGACGGGGUGAGCUCCCGUUGCUCGGUCCCUGCUCCUGCCAACCUAGCAGUUCGAAAGCACGUCAAAGUGCAAGUAGAUAAAUAGGUACCGCUCCAGCGGGAAGGUAAACGGCUUCUGGUUCGCUAGAAGCGGCUUAGUCAUGCUGGCCACGUGACCCGGAAGCUGUACGCCGACUUCCUCGGCCAAUAAAGCGAGAUGAGAGUUGGUCACGACUGGACCUAAUGGUCAGGGGUCCCUUUACCUUUACCUUUUACACAAGAAUAUCAUGAGGGACUUCGUUGAAAGCCUUACUGAAGUUAAGAUAUAUCACACCCACAGCAAUCCCCUGAUCCAUUAAGUAAUAAGAUUAGUUUGGCAUGACUUGUUUUUGAGAAACCCGUGCUGACUCUUAGUAAUCACAGCAUCCUUUUCUAAUUGCUUACAUACGGACAAUUCCACUAAUUGAUUAUGUGUUUUGAUAUGAACAGCCUUCUCCAACUCUGUAUCAUUAUAGACAAAAAAGCAUUGCCCUAACAUUCCUAGCUGCAUAUGCUGCAUAUUGUUAAGAGAAGCUGGUAAAGUGGAACAUUAUUAAAUUUAUAUAUAUAUAUAUAUAUAUAUAUAUAUAUAUAUAUAUAUAUAUAUUUGUAUGAUGUAUUGGUAAAGUUCGCAAAAGGAUUUUAAUUAUGAAACUAAAUGUUCUGUGUGUCUGGAUUUAUAGCUGAUAUGACAUAAAAACAUGUUGGUGUAAGGGUGUUGCCAGUUAAAAUAUUCAGCUGUUACAACAUUUCCAGACUGGCAUCCAAUUUUAGUACACCCAGAAAAUAAUUAUGCAAAUAGGAGUACUUGACCAUAUUUUGGAUGUGGUGUGCUCGGUGGAUAUUUUUUUGCAUGCAUUUGUCUUGGUAUGGAAACUUGAAAUAUUAUUGCUAUCAUUUGAAAGAGACUAUGACAUAAUGCUUGAUGAAACCUUUGGUGCAAAGUGCUAUGCAUAGUGCCGUAUUUUUCGCCCCAUAGGGCGCACCGGCCCAUAGGGCGCACCUAGUUUUUUGUGGGGGAAAUUAAGGAAACAAAGUUUAUUUCCCCCCCCCCAGCCGCAGGGCUGGGGCGGGGGAAGCCCGAGCUUUUAAAAACGCACCUACCGUACUUUUUAGAGGAGAAAAAAAGCACUCCGCUGCCCUGCAGAGGCUUUGCGCAGCCAUCCCCAAGCUAGAAGAGGGAGACGGAGCGCUCCGUCUCUCUCUUCUGCCUUCAGGGACAGCCUCCCUAGCCUCUGUGGGGCAGCGGCUUGCCCCGUUGUCCCCCGAGCUUGUGGGGCUGGCGGUGGGGAGAAGUUUGCUUCUCCCCACCGCCAGCCUCCAAACCAGGUCGGGGAAUAGCGGGGUGGCGGCGCUCCGCCUCCCCACUGUCCCCCAAGCUUGUGGGGCUGCCCGAUAUCUGCACGAAGCCCGGGGCGCACUGUGCAGCGCUCUCCAGGCUUCGGGAUGCAGGCUGCUAUGCGCAAGCCUGGGGAGCCCAACGGGAACUCCCGCAGAGCUCCCAAGGCUUGCGGAUAGCUUCCUGAAGCCUGGAGAACGAGAGGGGUCCGUGCGCCCCGACCCCUCUCGCUCUCCAGGCUUCAGCAAAAGCCUGCAUUCGCCCCAUAGGACGCACACACAUUUCCCCUUCAUUUUUGGAGGGGAAAAAGUGCAUCCUAUAUGGCGAAAAAUAUGGUAUUUAAUUCAUUUGCUGGCCUUUUGUACCUUUUGGUUAAGAAGAAAUUUAAUGUUUCUAAACUUGCAAAUUUACCUUAUCAACUUGUCAAUUUUAAGAUUUCUGUAUUAUGAGUCACAAAAUGAUGACCAUAGUAGGGCUUUUUGUAGCUGUGCCAUUCUUACAAAAUGUAUCAGAUCUGAAAAAAUAUUGUAUAUGUUUGUGUUUAGUUCCAGUUAGCGUAAAAUUUUUCAUAUCUUCUCACAGUGAUGGAACCUUUGCAAGGGCCAUUUUAGGGUGCAGAUAUUAUUUCCUUACAUUGUACCACCUCUAUUGUUUGAUAGCAUUGCUAGCUGGAACAAAAGCAUAAGCUUUACAGCUAGCAGUUUCUAGAGAGGUACACAGUAAGCUAGGAUGCCACCCAUCAAAUGGUUUACCAAAUUAAUUAGUUCAAAUUGAAGUACAAAUUGCAGUGUUCAAAUAUCCCCAGGUGCCAGGCACGUUUUGUGUCUGGCGCAGGUCCAGUUGCAGGUCCACGUGAAGAUCUCUGGAUGCCAGGUUGGAGACUGAUAUCUCCAUCUGGCUGGCCCCUCUCCAGCUUUCUUGAGCAGAUAAUCAGAAGAGCUUAUUUAUUGCAUCUCAGACCCAGGGCCAUGCCCUACUAUGUGGCCAGGCUGCCUGGGAAGUUCAUGAUUAUCAUUGGCACACAUCAUCUUAAUAUCACAUGGUCUUUACCUCUGACCUAUUCUUUCUCUGUCUUCCAAAACUUUUAGAAGACAGCUAAAAGUUGGGUUGUUUUUAAUGUUUGAUGUUUUAUUAUGUUUUCUUGUUUUGGAAGCCACCCAGAGUGGCUGGGGCAACCCAGCCAGAUGGGUGGGUUGUUGUUGUUGUUGUUGUAUCAUCCACCCCCCUUUUCUUCAAAGAGUACCUGGCUUACCCCACUCCUUAAUUAAUCCCUACAAUGAUUCUGUAUGGUAGGUUAAGAGGCUGUGGCUGGCCCAAGGUCACCAGGUGAGCUUCAUGAUUGAGUGGCAAGUUGAACCCGGAUCUCUCAGGUCCCAAUCCAAUGCCCUAAUCACUAUACCACAUUGGCUUCUGCUAUAGAGGAGCUAUAUAAAUUAAGUAGGCAGUUUUACAUAGUUACUGGAAGGAGUUUUCUGUAGGUUGAGGACUCUCAGUGAAAUACUUCUAUGUGGACUUAUGCUAUAGAGAUUUAAGUUCUUUCAUUUAUCAUUCUUCCGGCAAUGUAUAGCUCACAAAAAAAUGCCAACAAGCAGCUGAUGUCUAAGGACAAAUUUUGCUUGUUGGUAAUCACUGUUGAAGAGAGUUCUUGGUACUGAUACUAUUUAAAAUACAAACAUAGGAAGCUGAUAUACUGACUAAACAUUUCUGAAGUUUGGAAACUACAAGGGAAAUAAUCAGAGGAAACGGAAAUGUCUAUUUUAAGCUUAAUGAUACUUGGAUUGAGGGGGGAGAGUAGAGCUGGCGGUGGGGGAACAGAAUGGAACUGUGGCUAAUAUUGGAUCCUAUGAAAAUAACCUCUCUGUAGAAGUAUUAUAAAUUACCACUUAGAAUAAUAGAAUCAUAGAAUUGUAAGGUUCAAAGGGAUCACCAGGGUCAUCUAGCCCAAUUCCCUGCAAAGGAAGAAUCUUUUGCCCAACAUGGGGCUCAGACCCACAAUCUAGAGGUUAAGAGUCUCAUGCCCUAUUGACUGAGCUGUAUUGAUCUCCCUAGCUUAGGUUUUUCAGUGGAUUUCAUAUUCAGCAAUGUUCUCUAUGAUAAUGUAAAUACAUAAUUGUGAUGGUAUAAUUUGUUGAGGAAUGUAGCUCCUAGUGGCUGACAACAUUUUCAUAUAUAUUAAGAAUAAUAAUGUAGAAUGCUGGAAAAGUAAACCUUUUUUUCCUCAUGAGGUGCCAAUGGAGAAAAGUAAAUGAAUUUCUUUUUCUUUUUCUCCUUUAAAAAAAGCAAUAUUAAAGUUUUGAGCCCAGAUAAUACCUGCUCCCCAUUUCAGAAGCCAGAAGUGGGUUCACUAGGAUUUCCAAAGGAUGAGAUUCUUGAGCCCACAGGAUGAGAUUCUUGAGCUUUGCAAAUUACAAGAUUUACUAGCCCACAUUUUUUAAAAUGAACCCAGUGCUACUGCAUAUCAUCUGUGGAACAAUUAUUAACUUGUAUGAGAUGACUAUUUUCAGGCUGACUGAGCAGCAGAAGCUGAAUAUUUUAUUGAAACAAAAAAUUGCAGAGAGGCUUCUUUUUCAUAGUUAAUACAGGUUUUAGAAUUCAACUUUUAAUGGUGCAGAACUAAGAUUACUUUUAUAUAGAUUUAUUUUAAGCACUAGAACACAAUUUGCCCAAGGUUAGAGAUUUUGAAGUUCCAUUGAUUUUAGUGGGAAAGGUAAGAACAUGUAACUUCUCUUUUAAUUUUGAACUUUAAAACAUUUAAUUUUGGUUGGAUUAUGUAUUCAGUAUAUAGAAAAUAAACUAAAAAUCAUUGUUUAGCUAAUGUCAGAAUAAAACCAGAGUGGUAACAGUUAAGAUGUUUGCAAGUUUACAUUUAAAUAUAUAUAUAUAUUUUUGCAUCCAUAGCUAGUAAAACUUGAAUCUUUAGAAUCUAGAAAGAGGUAACUAACUAGUGUUGCUCACUAGUCAAGUUGUUAAGAUGUGUGCAUUGUUAUAUUUAAAAUAGUGGAUGAUUUAUAGUCCUGUUGUUUAUCACAGAUAGUUAACUUUAUUUGUGGAAUAACUGUAUGUGAUGCUUGUUACCAAAACAUUAGAGAAUUCAAACAUUGUCUGCAAUAUUGUCAAAAGUUAUUAAUACUGAAGUAGUCCUGUUCUGCCCUACUUACAUAAAUUGGAAUUCUUAUAGAGAUAUACAUUGUUAGUUUUGUUUAAUACUUGCCUACACAAGAACAUUUACAACUGUGUUAAAAAUGAAAGGAAAAUAGGCUUUGUGUCAAGUGGAAUGUACGUUAAUUUCAUACAGCAUGCAACAUAAAUAGCUGCCUUUUUUCAGCUGGCAGGUUUUAUGGUAGGCACAUUCAGUAAAGCAGCUAGUUGGAGACCAACAAAUGUGCACUAGUUCUAUUCAUGAAUGUGCCUAGAUAAUAUAUGUGACUUACAUGGUGGGUGUUGUAAGUUGAUUGAGAACAGUGGAGAUCCAUAACAAGCCAUUAACAAGGAUUGAGACAAUAAGCCAUAGGUGCUUCCAUUAUAUGUUUAGCAUUUGUAUGAUCCUACUUUGGAAGGAAGGUGGAAUAAUGUGUACAGGUGGAACAAUGCAUAUUUAUGUGGUAACAGCUGGCCGGAUUCUUUGAAAAACAAUAUUGUGCCCAUAACAGAGUCAUAGCUUGACUCUGGCUUUCCCCUUAAGUCUGGAAUGUAUUGGAAUGUAUUGCCAGACAGGCUGUAGUUGCAAAGGUGAAGGAAGUUCUAAUAGUGCCUCCAGCACUGAAAUGUUACUUUAAAAAAAAGCACAGUAAGCAGCUCUUCUUGUGAAUAACUUUACUCCUUGUUUCCCUCUUCUGAUAGUGUAGCUGCCAAGUUCACAAAAGAGAAUAUUUCAAAAAUGUCAGACAAAGACUUAUAAAAUCAGAAGCCUAACAUUGUGUCAUUGUGAUUUAUGCAUACCUUUAUAUGGACAGUAAAUGUUCUGCAACCAAUAAUUCAUAAUAUAAAAAUACAAAUGCUGUUGGGGAAUUUGCUUAUUAAAUAUUUGAGCUAGUAUGUAACCUAUACUUAAUAACAGAAAAGUUUUGCCUUUUAGUUCUUCCAGAAGCAAAUGUAGUGUUAAUAGUGAUGCAACUUCAGUCUGACAUUUUUUUUUUAAAGAUAGGUGUAUUCUUUUCUCCCAUUUGUGUAUUUUAUUAGUGAAGACAUGUCAAAAACUGUUGCCUUUCUUGGCACUAUCAAGAGAUAAUCUUGAUAAACAGCCUGCACGCGCUUGUCACUUUGGAGCCUCUUAAUUAAACACUUCUCAAAAUACUUCUUAAAACUGAUGUAGCAAAUCUUUUGUCUGUCUGGGUAUCUGUGUGCAAGAGAGAUCUGCAAGUUGCUUCAUUAGCUCACACUGGCAUCUCUGCACAGGGCCAAUUAUUCCCUCAAUGAGAGCGAGCAUUUGUGGUGAGUCUGCUGACUUGGUAAUUUAAAAUAAGAGUUGAGUUGCUAGUCUUUGGUUAAAGGAUUUUCCAUGCAGAUUCUGCAGUAUCCUUUAGGCUUUUCUUGCUGCUCAGCUGGAAUGCUAAGCAGUGUGGUGAAGGCUGGCUGUGUCUGAAUGCGAUACGAAACCAGGGACGGAGAACUUGUGACUCUUCAGGUGUUACUGGGCUCUCAAAUUUCAUUAGACUCAUCCCCAUGCCCAGUAGACAGAGAUGACUGGGACUGUAGCCAGCAACUUAUGGAAGGUGACAGGUUUUCCAUCCCUGUGCUAAACCUAUAGUUCAGCAUGAUCUGCAUGAGCCUCACCUGAUCUCAUUGUCCCCUGUUCUCCUCUGCAGAGGGUGGUUUGAGUGCUUUUGCUCCUGUUUUUGCCUAACCACAGCUUAUCACCCAAUUUAACACGCUGUAGUUAACUUUAAUUAUUUUUUUAAAAAAUCAAUUUGAAAUCAUGGUUUUAAAUUUAAUAUUAACACAGUGAACAGAGAGCUGACUGGAGGAAAGAAAGAGUCUUAUCAGGUCAGUCAGUCAAGUAUUGAGUAGGGUAGAGAUGUAGUGAGUGACUUGCAAAAUAAUACAAGAGCAGAAAUCUAAUCCAUAGUGAAGUCCUGGCAAAGCCAUAAAAGACCUAUUGGGUUUCUUUGACGUUUGAACCAAACAGUACACAGACACCCCACACAUCUGGGGUAGAAUUAGGCAGUAUUCCUUGCAGCCAUGAGUGCUGGUGAAUCCCAGACAUUCCCGAGUUAGUGGGAAAACAUGAUUGGGAAGUUGGAAACAAAAUUCUGUCAAAUCAAUUACCAUAACGCAGGAAAGACUCUCCUCCUGAAGAGAGGGGAGUGGUUGUGGGCGGGAGCCCGAGCCCCGCCUCUAGCAGGGGGCGUUAGCCCCCUGCCUCCCACUCACCUGGCUGGCGCCCACGCCCAUUGGCAGGCACCCAACCAGGUGCCUCCGAGGGGCGUGUACAGCAGCCUUAAUACUGCGGCGCCAGCCCCUCCUCAGCCUCACUCUUCGUCGACCCAUCGCGAGUCACCCACCCUCCACUCCCUUUGAGCUCAGGGUCUUAGUUUUCCUUGGCCUUGCUAUGGACCUUAGGUUGGUCUCCCUGGUUGUCCGGGGGGCCUGGUAGGAAUUUUUCCAUUUGGCAUUAGGCUUUUUGGGUUUUUUGCCUACCUCGUAGCAAUCGUCACAACUUUCGUGGUAUUGGUGGGUAGGUUAGGCAUUGGAAUAAUGUGUCGUGGUGCCGAAGGGCUAGGUGUGGCCAUCGCCUAUGCCUUCAAUUUUUGGGUAUUCUGUUAAAGGAAUCUGGUGGUCAUGUAUUCAGUCCGAUGCCUGCUUGGCGGGAGGCCAUGGCACGACCCUCGGUGACAUCAGGAGAGAGCCUAUAGUUGGAUUAGCAUCAACAGGCUCCACCUACUGGUGAAUAAACCCCCCUUGUUUCAGACUCACCCCUCUCUGAGGGGGUGGAGUCAGCUGACGUAAUCCAAUGCCUAAGCCAAUACCUUUUCACUUGCUGUAAUCAAUGAAGUUGUGGCCUUUUCUUGCCCAUUAGCCUUAUAUCACGUGUCCUUGUGUAUUCAUUCCACUGUGGGGGGGAUCGGGUCCUCGAACCACAACUUUAAAAUGCUGUAAUUCUUUCUUGUGGACAGUAGGUUCAGGAAAGAUUUCUCACUUAGAAAGGAAGAGCUGAAAUCAUUGUUUAGAGCAGGAAUGGGGAACCUGUGAGCAUCCAGCAUGUGGCAGGUUGCUGGUUCCCCCAUCCCUGAUGUAAAGCAACAGAGACUUGUAUCAUGACAAAUAAACCAAUAUUCCUACCUUUGUUGUAAUUGUCAGGGUGGAAGGGAUGCUUGCUAAUUCUCCCCAAGCCUUUGACAAUGUAUGUCAGUCAAUUUUAAGUAUGAAAAUAUGCAAUUGGAAAUGUUCUUUCUGUUUUUUACUAGAAAAGUAAAAAGUUUCUAGUUGUUAGAUAUGUCUUCUAUUAGCUUGAAACUAAAACUUGAAAGCAUUUUCUGCAAAAAUGUAUGCUGUGAAAAUGCUUGAACAACUUGAUAAAUCAUAUCUGUCCACAGCCAUUGUUACAAAUAUAACUGCAUGUAAAGGCUCAAGUUGAUGUAUGUUGUAGGUUUUGAUGAUGUGAAAUUAGGGUAUUUUACAAAUGACUGCAUUUGUUAUAAAAAAAAAUUAAUGUCAGUAAAUGUUUCACUUCUAGAUUUUAAAAGAAAACAAACUCACUUUCUUGUGCAUUGAUAUUUCUAAAACAAAAAACAAACCAUAUACUAGGCUCAAUUUGUAAUAGCAAUGAAUUUCAAUACAGUCCUUUUUGUUAGAGGAGAAACCUGUAGGGCUACAUACCACAAUAAUUAAACUGUUAAGCUUAGAAUGCAAAAAGAAAAUCUUGCCUCUCUUGUUCUACAAGAUAUCUUCCAAUAUCCACCUCUUGAAAUAGUAUGUGCUUCAUCCAACCAGUACUAACUUCAGUUUUCAAAGUCUUGGUGCAGGAAUGGGGAACCUGUGGCUUUCCUGAUGUUGCUGGACAACAUCUCCCAUUAUUCUCAUCUUUUGGCCAAGUUGGUUGUGACUGAUGAAACCUGGAUUCCAACACCAACAGGAGAUGCACAGGUUCCCCAUCCUUGCUCUCUAAGGCUUUCCCCAAAUUAUAACUUCCAUAGGCAACUGUAGUGUCACUUAACUGAACGCUUCACUUUGAACCCAUUUCCAUUUUUCAUGCUAUUUAUAGGAUUACAAAGCCAUUGACAUUUGCUGACUGUGUUGGCGAUGAACUGCCUUUAGGAUGGGAAACUGUUUACGAUCAACAGAUUGGUGUUUAUUACAUGGACCAUAUCAAUCGUAAGUAAAAGGAUUUUUUUAAAAAAAUGCCUUGGAACUAAUGCGGUUAAUAUUUUUAAUUCACCCAUAAGCCUAAAUGAAUGCACAUAAGUAAUUUCUAUAGAAAUGUAUUUAGGAGCCCUGUGUUGGGUAAGGCUAAAACAUAAUGAAACAGUUCUGACAACAUGAAAUAUGUUAAUGGCUCCCAUGAGCUCAGGUUAUCUUUGUGUAAUUUGAUGUAAAGUUUCUGAGAUAUAAGGCAGCUGCAUUUGACAGAGGUAUGACAGUGAAAUAAGAUGGACAACCUUUAUAAACACAACUGCUUGGAUCUUCUUUCGUGGCUCAGCAUAAUUCGUUUCUUCUGCAGUUAUUUGAAAAGAAGAGUGGAUGUUUCUGACCUCUUGCAAACUUGCUAGAGAAGGUGCAAGGAAGAGGCCCAUGCACAUAAUGCUAAAGGGUGGUUUUUCGUUGCAUCCAAAUCAGGCAGUUGAAGGCUAGACUACAUAUUUUAGAAAUAACUGUCUUCAAAUUAGAAGUCAGUGUAGAUGUGGAGGCCUGCCAGUUUUGUAGGUUGCAAAUUGGUGUGUUAGUAUGAUGAUUAUGUAUUUUGCCACUUUACAAAUCUGAACACCUUUUUUCCCCUCGUCAGAACUCACACAGAUUGAGGACCCAAGAGAGCAGUGGAGAAGAGAGCAGGAGCGCAUGUUGAAGGAAUAUUUAAUUGUUGCCCAGGAAGCACUUAAUGCCAAAAAAGAAAUCUACCAAAUUAAGCAGCAGCGUUUUGAGCUAGCACAAGAAGAAUAUCAGCAGCUGCAUAAAAUGUGUGAGGAUGACAGUCGCUCUUAUGCCAGCUGUAAGUUUACCUUUAAUCUCCAAAUGGUUCAUAUUUGAAUGUUUUGAGUGAUACUUUAAAUGUUUUGUGGUUUGUAUUUGUAUUAUUGUAUGUUCUUAACCAGGGGUCAGCAAACUUUUUCAGCCGGGGGCCGGUCCACUGUCCCUCAGACCUUGUGGGGGGCAGGACUAUAUUUUGAAAAAAAUAAUGAACGAAUUCCUAUGUCCCACAAAUAACCCAGAGAUGCAUUUUAAAUAAAAGCACACAUUGUACUCGUGUAAAAACACCAGGCAGGCCCCACAAAUAACCCAGAGAUGCGUUUUAAAUAAAAGGACACAUUCUACUCAUGUAAAAACAUGCUGAUUCCCAGACCAUCCGCAGGCUGGAUUUAGAAGGCGAUUGGGCCGGAUUCGGCCCCCGGGCCUUAGGUUGCCUACCAUGGGUAAAAAGUUUGCUGACCCCUGUAUUAACAAUCCAGGUUUUCUUUUGCAGGGAAGGGCAGGAUCCAAAAGUAAAAAUACAAUAAAAAAUUGUAACAGGAAACUAAUAAUUUUGUUUCCAUUCAGAAUCUUCAAAAAUUAAAGGCCUGACUCGAUUCUGUGUACAGAUAUGUGGAACGAUAUCUAGCAGGUUUUUUGUUUUUUUAAAAAAGAAAAGCUGCUUUAGAAGGCUACUAUUGGGAACAUUUGCUUUUAUUAGUAUUGCCUUUAAUAAUUCAUUGAUUUAUUAUUUUCUGAAAGCUGUCUUAGUCAAGCCAGUUUUACACUUUGCAGGCUAAGUUGAAGUUUCUGAGCUUUAUUAAGAAACCAUCUUACAUGUGGAAAAUUUGAGAAACAUGAUAUAAUGCUGUUAUUUAUUCAUCCUGUCUGUGGAAUUCAGAAUAUGGUGGCGCUAUUUAAAUUAUAAAUGGUUUGGAUCAAAAGCAGUCAAGUCAUGUUACGUACCAUGAAAUAAUGUGAAAAGUUAGCAAUACCUAACUUAACUAUCAUUGAUUCAAUAGGCGCUAAGUGCAACUAACUUGCUCCAGUUCCAAUCCAGUGAUAAAUUUGCAUCAUGCAACUUUGUGUGGCAUGAAAAGCUUGAUUUAUAUAUUGUUGAGGCAGGGAAUAUAUGCACAACGAAUUGUUUAUAUCUUCAAUGUGGCUUUCUGUUUUUAUUUGGUUUAAUACCAGCCCUCCAAAUAUGGCAUUGCAACUUUUUCUCUAAACUCUAGGGAUUUUAAAUAUCAGGUAGUGCUCUGUUGGGUGAGUGCUGUUAAGCUAAAAACCAACUACAGUGGUACCUCGGGUUAAGUACUUUAUUCGUUCCGGAGGUCCGUUCUUAACCUGAAACUGUUCUUAACCUGAAGCACUACUUUAGCUAAUGGGGCCUCCUGCUGUCACCGUGCCGCCGGAGCACGAUUUCUGUUCUCAUCCUGAAGCAAAGUUCUUAACCCGAAGUACUAUUUCUGGGUUAGCGGAGUCUGUAACUUGAAGCGUAUGUAACCUGAAGCGCAUGUAACCCGAGGUACCACUGUAGUAUGUUUUGAUCUCCGACUUGUGUAUCUGUGAAUUAGGGCAUCAGAGUAUUUAAUAAAGAGAAAACUUACAUUACAAGUUAAAACUUCAAAUGUGCUGGCAAACAGCAUUUUAUCCAGAAUCUAAAAGGAAUUCAAGUUUCACACUAGGGAUGUGAUCCAGAGGGUCCUUUUGUAUGUGUGAUGGCUGUGCAGGGUAUGAGUAUUCUGCUUGGUGAAAAUUAAAAGAGAAAAUCCCACACAUUUAAAGCAGCUCAGUGAUCAGUAUUAUUUUCAUUUUAAAUUAUCACUCAUGGCACACACCUUUUGAAAAAAUCUAACAAAACUUCUAUAAUUCUUUAACAAAGGUUUAAAACUUCGUGCACUACGCAUCUCUUGUGUACAUGGCACCAAGCAUGUCAGAAAUAGAAUCAGGAAAAACAAUUUAGUUGUAAUUGAUGCUUUACAGUAUGAGUCAUUCUGUUUUUAUAAAAAUUUUUUUCCAUAGUUUUCAAAACUGACAGAAAUUUCAAAAAGCUUGAUUUUCUUUAGCUAUUGAAGCUUACAAAUACAUAUUUUAAUGUUUGCUUGGCAUAAAUAUUAGAGAACCAAGGCCUGUAUUUUUCUUCAUUAAUUUGAUUCUUGAGCCCAGAAAAAUACAUUGCUUGUAACAGAAAGGUUUAAACAGAAACGGCUUCCUUGCUUUUCUUAAAAUAUGUGUAUUUCAGAUGUGUAAAAUGCUAAUUUACUUCUCACUUCUGAAAAUGCUAAUAGAGAAGGUGAUUUUCCUUGACUGAAUGUUACUUUAGUAAGCUGUUCAACAUACAUAUGCUUUUUUCAGAACCAUGUACCAUUGAAUACAAUAUAGGCUUGCAUUAAUUUUAUUUCUAAAGAUUAAAUUUUACUAUUUGCACUGGAAUACAGUAGUUGUGAAAAGCUUGCUAUUUACCUUUUACCAAUAUGCCAAAUGGCAUUGGAUAGAAUCUUAAAAGCAUUUAAAAUACUUUCCUCUUUCAUACAUACUAUAACAACUGUAUUGGUUGUUUUGUUAGGUGGGACAGCGACAGUCCUUCCUGUUCUUAGUUGUAUCUCAUAGGGGAGAUACAUAUUAAUCAGUCUAAAUCUUUAAAUUAAAUUUAUAAUUUGUACUAUGAAAAACAAAUGGCAUACACUUGCCUCAGUAUUUGAUUUUGCAGGAACAGAAGUAUUACAGUUCAUCUAGCAACGAAGGUUUUUCAGGUAGAAGAACAGUCAUAAUGCAUAUAACCCAAAUUAUGUGUGCAGAUAUCAAUGAGAUAAAAUAGUUUCCUUGGCCCAUUUCUUUAACUGGCAUGUGUAACUAUGCUCCCUAGUUUGUUUGGGUGAGCCCAGGUUUAGUGUUAAUCCAGGAGCAGUUCAUAUGGCUAUUUAGGAGAUGGAUUUCAUUACAAAGUGACUUCUUCCCUUAAUAUUCAUGUGGUGAAGCUGCUAUGUGUAUUAUUAUUAUUGUUAUUGUUAUUACUACUACUAUUUGCACUGCCUACUUGUCCUAUGUGAUAAGGUGCCAACAAUGUGAAAGUACAGUAUCAAAAUCAUUUAAAACCUUUUGCAAUAAAAGAAUACAGUCAUACCUCAGGUUGCGAACACUGCGGGUUACGUGUUUUCGGGUUACGGACCACGCCAAACCUGGAAGUACUGGAACGGGGUACUUCCGGGUUUCGGCGCACGCGCAGACGCACAAAACAAUGUCACGCGCAUGCGCCGAAGCGCCGAAUUGUGUCAAGCGCAUGCACAGACGCGGCGCUGUGGGUUGCGAACGUGCCUCCCGCACGGAUCACGUUCGCAAACUGAGGUAUGACUGUAUGGUGUUUCCUAAAAAUAUGUUCCAACACACGUCAAAUGCCUUCAUAUGAUAAAAUUACAAGUACUGUGUCCUCUAAACUCAGAAUGUUGGAUCCAGCAACGUACAAGCAACAUUCCACCCCCCGCCCACUCCAGAAUGGUUCCAAUGGAUUUCCUAACCUUUUGGAGUAGAUUUUGAGAGGAUGUUGCAGGGGAGAGGGAAGGGUUGGUUCCAUUGUUCAAGUGGAAUUCUUCUUUGUGAGUAGAAUCCAUAAGUUCUAUCUGAUAGUGCUGAACCACUCAUCAGAAACUAAUUCAAUUUAUACCACUCAGUAUAACAAAAUCUCUUAACACAGCUUACAUAAAAACAACCACACCAUGUAAAAUUUCCUAUAAACAGAAUAAAAACAAAACUAUAUAGCACAAAUAAAGCUGAGCUGUGUACAAAACAGAAUUGAAAAGCUAGUCAUAUACUGUACUUUAUGAAGUUUGUCCAGAGUACUUUCAAUGUGGUUUUGUUUUUUUAAGUGACACAGCACUCCUCACGAAUCCCUAUGGUGGGUUGUGGCAAAUGACCACAUUCUAGUAUGCCUGUGAUAAAUUCUGCUCGUUAUAAAAGUGCAUACACAAAAACUACUAUAUAUUACCAAAAUAUGAAUUUAAUCCAAGCAGAAUGUAAUUUACUGUCAGACUAUAAUAGAAUUGUAGAGGGGGACUCUGAGGAUCGACUAGUGCCUUAGACACAGUAUUAAAGUACAAUGGAAAAAAAAAUACGUACAUAUGCAUAUGUACAAGACAUAAUUGGUAAAAAAUACGUACAUAUGCAAUGUACAAGACAUAAUUCAUUUUGUUCAGUCUGUAUUACCAGAGGAAGAAUAUUAAUCAAAAGGGGAUAUUACCAUAUGCCCAUGGUAUCUUUUGUGUUGGCAGCCAACAUCAAUUAUUUGAUGUCAUGUAUAUACAUUUAUAUACAUUGUAUAUACAGUGUCCUGUAUUUACUGUAUAUAGGAUGUUUUAGGUUAGUACUUUUGUAUCCAGCAGACAAUAUGAACUAUGACCACAAAAGAAACAAUUUUACAUUUUUUCAUCCAUGUCCCUAGCAUUCAAUUAAGCAGAUUAUUUUGGGGCAGGUAAAGAGAAUGUAUUUGAAAGUGUUGAUCUUGAAAGCAAAACAAAACUUGUUGAAGGGAAUUUUGUUAAAUGGUUAAUAGUAAUUCACUAGGUUUCAUUAAAUGCAGUUGAUAAUAAAUCUGUUGCCUCUAAACUGUUUUUUGCAUAAAAUAAAUACAGGUCGCCCCUCGCACGUAUAAGUUACAAAAUUAUUUGUUUUAAACUCUCCACUUCUUUGUAGGAUAGACUAGAAGACUGCUUGUCCUGAUUAAUGGUAUGCAUUGGUAUUAGUUGAACUGAUUGAUGUCUUCAGGUAGACUACUUGUUUCCACUUUAGCUAUAGAGGAGUAAGUGGAACAAGUGAAGCAUAAGAUCUGGCUGUUAAACAUUUAGUUAGCCUAGCAUUUACAAUGCACUUAAUGAACUACUUCUAGUGUUUUGAAAAUUAAGAUAUUUUCUGUUUGUUCAGCAUUCUCUGGAUUUUCAACCAAUACCAAAUACGACCCAUGUCAGAUUAAAGCAGAAAUAGCAAGUAGGCGUGACAGAGUGAGUAACCCUUUUCUAAUACUUCAUGCUGAAAAUAAUCAGUGUCACCUCUUCUUCUUCACUCUAUAAGCUUUCUUUGUGUUUUUGCAUUUCAGCUUUGCCUUAGUGAAGUAAUUAUAGUGGAAAACUUGACUCCAGCUCCCUGCAACUACCCGAACUCUUUAUUGUUUUAAAGGGUUAUAUGCUCUCUUAAAAAAAAUGAAAUCAGAAUCAUCACACCACAAAUUCUAUCUAAAUUUUUUAAAUCAUGUUUAUUGAGAGAUAUGUUUGUUAGCUGCCACUGUGAGUUACUUAAUUCCAGCACACGUAUAUUAAAGUCGGAUACCUUCAUUGGUAGGGUAGGAGGGGCAAUGGCUCAGUGAUAGAGUGCAUGCUUUUGUGCAGAAAGAAAUCCCUAGUUCGGUCUGAAACACUGGAGAGCUGUUGCCGGUCAGCAGUAGAAUUGCUGAAUUGAGCAAUGGUCUGAUUUGGUAUGAGGCAGCUUUGCAUGUUCCUUAUUUAGUUGUAAUACCCUAGGGCAGUGAUGGCCAAGCUUGGCCCUCCAGCUGUUUUGGGACUACAAUUCCCAUCAUCCCUGACCACUGGUCCUGUUAGCUAGGGAUGAUGGGAGUUGUAGUCCCAAAACAGCUGGAGGGCCAAGUUUGGCCAUCACUGCCCUAGGGGGCAUUGGGAUGGAGCAAAAUGGAAGAUGUUCUGGCUGCCAUUAACAAUAUGAUAUGCUCCCAUAUUGGGCUGAGUUGAGUUGAGUAAUGGAGGUAGUAUAUUGCAUCUGAGCUUAUACUUUAGGCUGCAUGUAACUCUUUACAGUAAGCAAUAAAAUAUAGAUUGAAACUGACAUGAUAUAUCAUAGCUAUUCCAAAGCAAUGUUAAGCACUACAAACAUGUUCCUAAAUUGCAAGUUCUUUUCAUUCACCUAUAUUGAGAGAAUGGUUAUCAACUUUCCAAGCAUACUAGAUAAUGAAAUAUAUCUUUUUAAAGGGUGGAUGCAUUUGAGUUAGCUAUUUUUUAUGUGGCCAGUCCUAAAAACAAAACUUAAUCAGGGGUAUUUGUUCUGUGUGUAUACAUAGAAAAAGUUGACUUUUUAAGAAGUCUUCCUGAGAUCAGUUGGUGUUUUCCUAAGUUGUUUACUAUUUAUAGUGGUAAAAUUAUAGCAAAAUAAAGACAUAGUUAUAGACGUAGAAAUUUCUUUAGUACAGUGUAAUAGACCAUAACUUCUCCAAUUAUCUUGCCAAUUCUGUUAAAUCAGUUAUACCAAAAAAUAGUGACUUGCCCUGGCCUUCCCCAUUUGUUCCAUACUUAACAAGUUGUUUAACUGAUAUUUGCUUUUUUACUUUGACCAAACAUGGUAUCACUGCAGCUUAGUAGCUAGGACUGUGCACUGGAUUUAGCCAUAACCUGAACCCCAAACCAAAUUGGGCUGAUUCAGAGGGAUCAAGGCUUGACCUGAGUUGGGCAGCUUGGAGGGGUUGUGACAUCUGGUGGGAAGGCUGCAGACCCCAUCAGGAAUGCAUUUGCAAAUCAGCACCCUGCAGGAUUGAACUCUCCAUUCACUCUGCUCCUUCAGUUGUCCUGGGUGCAGGCAGUCCUUUGCAAGUGCCUUUCCUACAGUAUUGAAUCUUCCUACUCUGCAAUCGAGAAGAGUGGGGAGAAGAUGUAGCUUUUCCUACUCUCUCUCCUCCUUCUGAAUGUAUGCUAUAAUUAGGGAUUAGAAAACCCUAAUUAAACAUUAGUACAAAAGUCACAAAUAAAGUUUAAAUUUGACUUGGCAGCCACAGGAACAGAAGGCAUGGAGCCAUUAUAUUGCCUGCGUAACUUGGAUGCACUGUUUAAGUGGCAUUUGGUGAAUGGUUUUGUCCACAAAUAAACUACUAAAGGAACUAUUGAGUCAAGGCAUGGAACAUUUUUACAGCAUGAUUAUGAAUAUAGCAAACAAAGAACUGAAGACACAGAGACAUAGAUAAAACUACAUGCAUAGUUCUUGUCCUCAGUUACUUUUCUUUAUGCUUGAACAACCUAGAAUAUUUUGUUGGUAUGUCUGUAGCCCAAUAUGGCUGCCUUUCUAAAAUCAAUUCCUGCCUUAAUAAGGUGGCAAUCCUAACCCCACUUCCCUAGGAGUAAGCACCAUUGUACAGUGGUGCCUCGCAAGACGAAAUUAAUCCGUUCCGGGAGAGUCUUCGUCUAGCGGUUUUUUCGUCUUGCGAAGCAACCCUAUUAGCGGCUUAACGGAUUAGCGCUAUUAGCGGUUUAGCGGCUAUUAAAGGCUUAAAGGCUUAGCGGAUUAGCUGCUAAAAGGCUAUUAAAGGCUAUUAAAGGCUUAGCAGGUUAGAUAAAGGGGCAAAAGCGAAAAAAAAAUCUCAAGACUUGCAAGACAUUUUCGUCUUGCGAAGCAAGCCCAUAGGGAAAUUCGUCCUGCGAAGCAACUCAAAAACGGAAAACCCUUUCGUCUAGCGGGUUUUCCGUCUUGCGAGGCAUUCGUCUUGCGGGGCACCACUGUAUUCAGUAGGACUUAGUUCACCUGGUUAGGAUUGUGCUGUAAGCUAGGAUGUGCAUGAGCUGUGGUCAUUUGCUUUUCUCUUACCUUUGUGAAAGUGAAGAAGGAAACUAGGAAACUACAAUUAGCCAUUACUUCUGGACCAGAAGUUCUGAUUAAUGGUAUCCCAAUAAACUAGGAUUUAGAAACCCACUUUAAUCAGUGAAAUGGAGAAAGUACCAUGAAGGGAACAAUUGCAGCAGUAGUAGUAUGUUUCCAGUGCAUACUAUUCUCUUAACUUUUUUUUUUGGUCUCCAGCUUUCUAGGUUGAAGCGGGAAUUAACGCAGAUGAAGCAAGAACUACAGUACAAAGAGAGAGGCGUAGAGACACUACAAGAGUGAGUUCAAUUGAAGCAGGAUGAGGUGUUUUUGCCCUAAUUCUUGCUGGUGUAGAUAGUAAAGUUAUGAAUGUUGUUCAUAAUAGUACUUUGUUGAUGUUUGUGCUUACCAACAAUUCUCCAAAUAAUUCUAACAUUUCCUGUGGGAAUGUUACAAUGAACACACAGUGUUUAAUUUGGGAAGCUCCUCCUCCUGAAUUGUUCCCUGUAGGAACCCUCCCUUUACUUGACACCUGUACUCUCUGUUCUCUGGCCAUUAUCUAGAAGGCCAGUCCCCCCUCCCCCCACCUUGAGCAUUAAAAUUGAUUUCAGUUUGUAUAUUACCAGAAAUGGGUAACUUUUCUGCUACUUGUUUGUAUAACAGGAUUGACCGUAAGAUGUCAAAUGCCCAUAUGAAUUACAAAUUGGAUGAAGCCCAAGCAAUAAUGAAUGAGCUUCGAAGCAUCAGGAAGGCUAUUUGUUUGGGUGAGAGAGAGAGGCAAGACUUGAUGCAGGUAAGAAGCUGUCAGUUACUUAUUAAUGACAUUUGUUGUCUUAUACAAGACUGGGAAUUUAUACCAAGUCAGAACACUACUUUGUGCAUACAUAGUUGGUCAGUAACGUAUUUUAUGGAAAUGUGUUUCUCAUUUUUACCAUUUAAGGAUUUACCAUGUUUUGAAAUAUGAAAGGUCCAUAGUUUGUUCCAUUUCCAUGUAAUGUAAUGUAAUGUAAUGUAAUGUAAUGUAAUGUAAUGUAAUGUAAGAUUAAUCACAUCAGUGUUUCCUCUUCAACUGACUCCUGUUCUUCAGUGUUUGUAUUGUACAGUGGUACCUCGGGUUAAAUACUUAAUUCGUUCCGGAGGUCCGUUCUUAACCUGAAACCGUUCUUAACCUGAAGCACCACUUAAGCUAAUGGGGCCUCCUGCUGCUGCCGCACCGCCGGAGCACGAUUUCUGUUCUCAUCCUGAAGCAAAGUUCUUAUCCUGAGGUACUAUUUCUGGGUUAGCAGAGUCUGUAACCUGAAGCGUAUGUAACCCGAGGUACCACUGUAUAUGGAAGUUAAAUUGGGGGGUGGGGGGUAACAAACCAGUGUUGAGAUCACACAUGCUCCUCACAGCCAGACCAAGGUCCAGUUAUAACGAAGCAAAAAACAUCCAGGAGGAAAGGCUACAGGCUUUCAGGUGCCCAGACUUUUAGUAGAAUCCCAAAAUGCACCAUUGGCUUUUCUCAGCCCUAUAUUUUGCAACAAUCGCACCUAGUAUCACUUGACACAAUGGGAAGUCAUUUAUUUAUGUAUCUAUGCUCCAUUAAAACACUCAAGGUUGCCUUCAGAGACAAUUUAAAUGGCCAGGGAUGGGGUUAUUUCCAGAAGAAGGAAAUACUUACCUUAACACCCCCUUUUUAGUUGAUGGUCUUGGAUUAGAUGAGCAUGACUCAUUUUUGUGUAGGUGUUGGAAAACUGAGCUGAUGGAAAAUGUGUUGACAGUUGGUCCAUAUAUAGGUAAAAGGACAGGAAGAGUUAGCCAGGCCUAAAUAGGGUAUGGUGACUAAAAUGAUGUUAUUGAUGUGAAAAAAUAUCAUUUUUAUAAGGAAACUUUAAAGAAGAAUUCAAAUUACUUGAGAAUUUGUUUUUGUGGCCUGUCAGGAAUCAAGUCCUCUAUAUACUCAAAUUGUUAGCAUAUGAGAUUUUAUUUUGGAAAUAUUAUAUUGUUACGGUAAAAAAAAAAGAGGAAUAGCUAGAGAGUUGCAAUAAAUGGAUGUAGCUAAACUGAACUGUAAGUAAUACUUUGCUAAAUGUUGGAUUUAUAUUGUGUUGGGAGCCUUUCAUUAGCUGCUUAGACUGGUUUUCCAGUGAAAUCAUCUUUGGGUUAACUGACAGAAUUGUUUAAUGAAUAAUCCCUUCUGUUUGCUUGACGUGACAAGGUGUCAGAACAUAAUGGGAGGGGAGAAAUACUUAGUCAGAUAACUCCCCACUAAAAGUGAAACUUAACUUACAAUAUGAAAACACCUUCCCAAUUGUCAGACCAUUUGGGGGAGGCUGAAAUGCUUUUCCUAGGAGAUACUGAAAGAAAAUAUUGGCUUUUCCAACAAAUAGUUCUAAGGUAUCUGUUGAACACUACCGCUUGCCAUUCUGAUCUGCCCUCCUGGAUGGCAGCUGCUUCAAGCUAAGAUCUGAGUUAUGUAAAGUAACACAGAUGUUUUACAGCAUUAAAAAAUUGUUCCUUAUAUAUUACUCAACGGAAUUAAAGCUCCUCAUGUACACAGUCUUGAGGACUACUUAAUACUAGCUAUUAUUUAAGUCUGUCUAGACUACAUGCAUUUUACAAUGUUUUCCUGUUGCUAUAUGCAUCACGUUAAACUUAUAUUUUUGUAUAGAUAAGCUCAUUUUAAAAAAGCUUUCUAUGCAAGUCAUGAUUCCAUUCUAUAUGAUGAUCUUUCCUGUCAUAACUAGUAACAGAAAUCCAUGGGCUAUUAGUGACUUGUUUUAAAAAGGAUGAUUAAACUACAAAUAGAUUCUUUUAUAAGAUGCUUUCCUUAAUGUUCUUUUUUUAAGAGUCUGGCCAAGCUGACAGAUGGAUUCAGGAAUAGCUGUUGUAUUACAGAAUCUCUGCAGGAUCUUCAUCAUAAUUCUAGCCCACUUAGUGACUCCAGUUUACCUCAACACUACUCUGAUGCUUGUUCUCAAACUGAUAUCAUUGGAGAGGUAUGCAAAUAUUUUUAUUUAAAUAUGUUUGCUAUGAAAAAGCCGUAACUUUUGUUGUACUGCAUAGUGACAGCGUUUAAAUAUAUUUUCCCAAUUCAGUUCAAAAGAGGAUUUAAUCAAAACACACAAUGCAUAUAAUUGCAUUAUGGGCUUUUUACCUUUUAUUGAAGCAAAAGAAUGGGGUUGAAUAAUGUCAUAUAAUAUAAUGUCAUAUAAUAUAAUAUAAAUGUAGCACUGUUCUAAACUAUACUGUUGGUUUCCACUUUAUAGGUUAGUGAGACUGUUCAGCAAAUCCAACUAAAUUGAAGAAAUCUCUUAACAUAUUGCAUUUCAUUAAGGCAUUAAACUAGAAUCUAUUUUUCUGGUUGAGAUUUGCAUUAGCUAUUUAAACCUUGCAUACAUUUUUUCACUCUACAUAGCAUAUGUAAUUUCUACCAUUUUUCUGUGUUUGUUCCAAAGUAUAUUUUCUGUCUAUCAUUUUUUCUUUGUUGCAGGAAUGGGCAACUAUCUCCAGCAUGGUAUGUAUAAUGGCUGAAUUGCUUGAUUUAAGAAGCAAUCAUAUUACGUAAGAAUUAAAUUCCCUUUGUGCUCAUAGAAUUUUGAAUCAAUCACAGAAACAAUCUUUACUUGAGAAAGGUCUAGAGCCUCAAACAAAGAAGUUAAAUAUGAAGUCUAACAAUUGCCUGUGUAGUCAUUAAUUUAAUUGAAAUUAGUGAGAAUGAGGUAUUGAGAACCAAUGUACAUUGGCAUAGGUUUGCACUCUGAGUUUCGAUAUUAUAAAGAAAAUGUCAUUCUGUAGCAAACUAUGUAUUUUUUCUAAAAGUUUAUAUGGUAUUUUAAACAUAGUUUAGCAUGAAUUCAGGGUCCUAGAUUAGAUAUAGUAAAUAACUAUAGCCAUUUAUACUUGGGAUCCAAGAUACUGUAUCAUGAACAAAAUGAUAAUAGCUUCAAAAUAGUUUUGGACUAGAUUUGGGACAGAAGUGGCUGGUACAGUGAGUCAGUGCUGUUUUGCUUAUCGGUGCAGGGUGACAAUGUUAAGGUUGGGUGCCAUGCAAGAGUGUUGAAUUGAUUCCAUUGGCGCUGCUGUGCAGCCCUGACUUUGCCACUGCCCUGCCCUGCUCUGUCCCAGUAAGCACUCCUGGUUAGGUGAUGAUGUUGAAGUUACAUUUCUCCUCACAGUGUUACUAUUUUCUAAUGCAAUGCUAAUUUUGUCAUUUUUCUUGCCUUUCAAAAGUUUGGAUUUGAUGACAAAAGACGUGCUGACAAAAUAAAAUUGAGCUGGCAAUAUGAAGAGGCCAGAAAGAAGUAAGUAUGCAUAACCUGAAAUGUUGAUCACCAGUGCUAACCAGCUGGAACUCAAUUCUGAAAUGAAUCAGUGGUCUGGCUCUCACAGGAAACUAAACUAUGGUUUAUUAAACCAUGGCUUAACGUUAAGUCGCUGGGUUACAUUCACACAUCUGUCAUUAUUAAGUUUGAUUAAAGGUUGCUCAUUAACCUAUGUUUGUUAGCUUAUAAACCUCGUUAUAAACCUCAUUUAGUUCAAAGGUCACUUAACAUGACUGAUUUCCAACACCACUUAUAGUUGCCAGGUGAUUUAGUUGACCUCUAGGUCUGAUCAUGUCAGCUAGAUAAGAGGGAGCAUCUAGAGUGGGGCAGGUUUUCAAAAGGGGCUUGAAUAUUAUCAUUAGUAGUUUCAUACACAUUGAAUAUAGAUGUAAGUCACAUCUAAAAGUUUGUGUCUGCAACUUUGUGCCUAAGUAUAAGAAUAGUUGUUUAAUGAAAUGUGCAGUUAGUGUUUCCCAUCAAGGAUUGGCAAAUCAGAGAAGCACUGCAUGUUUUUUAAUGAUUUAACACAGUAGACUAACACAGGACAAAAGGAAUUGUCUUGACAUCACCUGUUGCUGAAAUAGAUGUGGAGCCAGUUAGUUUCCUUGGGCAGGAGAUCACAGGAAACACCAUGUAAAAGUGGGAAACACCUCUAAAAAUUAGACCAAGAUCAUUUAUUGUAGGCAUGCAAUAAAAUAAUAAUUGGAAUUAGUACAUAAAUCUCUCCUUUUCAGAAAAGCUGUAGCUUUUUGUAUCAAAUAUAUAGUAAUUGUAUUUAAAACCAUGUUUAGGUAAGAACUCAGAGCACAUUUGCUUCUACCAGUUAUCUCUGUGGUCACAUUCUUCAUUUAUCAUGCAUUCCUUCCCCUUAGCUUGCUGGCAUUUCUGUACGGCUUUUGUCUCCACAAAAUAUUUCUGUGUUCAACCUCACUUUGCUAAUGAAACAUCUAUUGCAGCUACACAGUGUGGGUGUAGGAAUGUGCUGCGUUUGGUUUAAAUCUACAAGCUACUAAAUUAACAUGUUGCAGUACAUUAAAAAUACUUUUGUCAGGCUCCUGUUUAUCCAAAGUGAUGAGAAAGCAAAGUAUAUGUGUCGCCAUUGGAGUUGAGAAAAUUCUUCCACAAAAUAGAAAUUUGUGUGUGUGUGCUUUUUCAUUAGAGACCAUGCUAAGAAUUCAUGCAGUAUUUAUUGUCCUUUACUGUAAGCAAUGUCAAGGAAUCUAAAAUAAUAGACUUAAUCAUUUAGUAUACCAAGGAUAAAGUUUUUUUCCUGUAGUAGAUAGUAAGCUGUUUGGACAUUGUGCGUUUUCUUAGGUGUUCUGUCCCAUGGUCAUUUUAGCAGUUCUAAACAAAUGCAUUUAUUUAUUUAUUACAGCAAAUAUUAUUAAUUUGAAUGAAGUCCUGAUGUAUUUAACUGAGGUGGUAGUCUUGAAACUAAAUUUUACUUUUUUUUGUUUUGAGUUCAAAAUUGUGUUACAUUUCAUUUUCCAUUUUGGGAUGUAGUUAGUCUUCAGACAACUUUCCUGAUGGAAAAUGUCACUCAGGAUAAUAGAAAUUCAAUAUCGGUGUUUUCCCUCUUUUCCCCCCUGCACCAUGAUAGUACAAAUUCAUGUUCGCAAGUCUUUUUCUUGGGAUGUGUAACAAAUAUUUUUGUGGAUGAUAGAUGCAAACAUUUCCCCUGAUUUUACAUUUCUUUCUGCCAAUAUAAUAACAUUUUUUAGAAGAUUCCAAAGUAAGAAUAUUUUUAUGAACACGUACGGUAUUAAAAGACAAAGAGCCUACUGCAAAGAAGUGGAAUUUGCAGUAAUUCAUACUUUUGAAGCUGCUUUGGAAGGAUUGUAAUAGUAAAAUUAUGAGAGUGCUUUUUAACCAGGAGCACCUAAUGCAUACAAGUAUAUGGAACAGUAUUCUACAAGCUUAUCCUGGGUUUUCCAGAAGCUUAUGAUAGCAGAUGAUACAUGUGUGGUGUAUAUUUUAAGGGCUUUCAUAACUAUACUGUAGAGAUUUUCCUUGCUUUUUCUUCUUCAGUAAGUUAGUAAUUUCUUGGUGGUCCUUUGUAAUGAAGGGUUUUCAGUAUCCAGCAACAGUUGGCUCUGCAUGAUCAUGAGUCUUGGCCAGGGAUGGUAGAAGCGGACAGAGACCAUCUUCAGCUCAUCAAAGAGAAAGAAGCUCUCCUACAAGAACUGCAGGUCAUAAGCCAGCAGCAGAGGUCCCCGGAAGACAUGGAUCGUUUAGAGGAGGAAAAGAGGAGGUUGGAGGAUGAAAUCCAGCAGGCUCGGGCCACUUCUUCUCAUGGUGCAGCCGAAAGGUUUAAGGAUUCAAUUAUUUUGUUAGAUGCUAUGGGGUAUAUAACAGACACACUGGGAUAGUAAUGAAGUUAGGAGGCUAUACUAAAAUAGUGGAUACUUGUACUUCUUAACAAAUCCUACUUAGCUCUUAUUUACUAUGCCACAUUUUCCUAAGUCUCCAGAACUGGUUUAACUAACUGACACAGUACCAGUCUAAUUCAACUAUGCAGGGAUGUGGUUGGUGCUGUGGGUUAAACCACAGAGCCUAGGACUUGCCGAUCAGAAGGUCGGCGGUUCGAAUCCCCAUGACGGGGUGAGCUCUCAUUGCUCGGUCCCUGCUCCUGUCAACCUAGCAGUUUGAAAGCAUGUCAUAGUGCAAGUAGAUAAAUAGGUACCACUCCAGCGGGAAGGUAAACAGCGUGUCCAUGUGCUGCUCUGGUUUGCCAGAAGUGGCUUAGUCAUGCUGGCCACAUGACCCGGAAGCUGUCUGCGGACAAACGCCGGCUCCCUCGGCCUAUAGAGCGAGAUGAGCACGCAACCCCAGAGUCUGUCACGACUGGACCUAAUGGUCAGGGGUCCCUUUACCUUUAAUUCAACUAUAGAGGUAAAUACUACGUGAGUAAUACCAGUUGCAGUUAUUGUUUGCUUGCCUGCUAGUAUUUUAUCUGUCAAGCUAAUAUUUUAUCUGUCACUAAAUAGAACUUGGUUUUUUUAUUUUUACUGUCAUUGCAAAGUAAAAAUACUAGUUUAUUCUAUUAUAGGAUACUGUUACAAGAAAAGAAGAACUGUCUGCUUAUGCAGUUGGAAGAAGCAACUCGUUUAACAUCCUAUUUAUGCUCGCAGUUGAAGAGGUUAGUUCUUCAGAGAAAUUGAUUCUUGUGUUUAUGGCAAAUCAUGACAGUUGGCUUUCCAAAAAAGUAAAAUUGACCUAGAUAUAGUCUCAUAGUCUCAUACUAUAAAUGAGACUGAACAGGUUACCUUUACCUUUAGCUAUAUAUUGCUAGCAUAUUGCUUCAUGGCCAUUUCAGUAGAUUAGGAAUAUUAUUUUAUUUUUAACUCCAAAAAUCCAGAAAGCACUCUUAAGUUUCAAAAUACAGAUUGACAUAGUAAUGAUACAAACUUGGUAGGCUGUUGGCCAAUUUUCUAAAUCUUGAGGGUUAGCUGUAUAUUUGAUUAGAAGACGACGAUGACUGAUGAUUAUAUGUAACUGAUUAAUAUUUCCCAUCUGCCAAUUAAUUAAAUCAAAAGCAAUAAUAUUUUUUUCCUAUUGUAAGCAUUUAUUAAGAAAUACAGGUGUUCAAUUUUGGACCAGACUUUACUUAGUUACAGACUUUGAAACUUAAAAAAGACUGAAUUUCUUGUGGGAAAUUGAUGACAGAUAUUGGAAGUACUGGAUAAGUUCUGGUAACUUUUUAUAACAGAGAUCCUGUUAAGAAACCAAUCUGAGAGUAACAGAAAGUGAAGAAAUGAAUACAUUUGAAAAUAAAUCUGAGAAAACAAUACGGAUUCCAUUGACUCAGUUUGCAUGUAAAAUCAAACUUUAGGCUUAUAUUUUCAAUCCUACUCUAAGACACUCUACUUCUUUCAGCUUGGAACUACUGAACUUAGUCAUUCUAUUCAAAUUGGGACGCUUGGUUUUCACUUGCCAUGCAACUAGCAUGUCAAGCAGGAAAAAUGUAUAUGGGGGUGGGGGGGGAGGGCUCAAACACAAACCAUAGGCUGCUAUUGCAGAUGUAAUGGCAAAGGAUGGCUUGCUACGAAAGAGAGGUGUGGGAGGCCAGGAACAAAGGAGCUUGUGUACCAAGGGCUGUCUGAACCAACCCAUUGUGUUUAGCAUUUGUUCAGACAUUUACAAAUGCAUUUUUGUCUUCUAGCUUGUCUGCUAGCACUCUAACAAUAUCAUCUGGAAGUAGUCGGGGGUCAUUGGCAUCCAGCCGUGGAUCUUUGGCGUCCAGCAGGGGCUCUCUCAGUUCUGUCAGCUUCACAGACAUCUAUGGUGUUCCUCAAUAUGAGAAAUCGGACAGUGCUACAGAGUAUGGGCAGCUUAUGCGAUAUGACCCAGUUCCUGUUGAUUCUCACAGUAAAGAUGUACAGUAUAUUGAAACUGUUGGACAUUAUAGCUGCAGUAAGCAAAGGAGAUCAUUGGACACGCCUUUAUCUUUAGCAUCUCUGUCCUCACGGUCUUCUCUGUCCUCACUAUCGCCACCAAGUUCCCCCCUGGAUACCCCCUUCCUACCUCCUUCUCGGGAUUCUCCAUUGGCCCAGCGGUCAGAAGGAUAUGAGGAAAUGAUGGGAACAGGUGCCUUAGAAAUGCUCAGAGCUCAGGCCUCUAUUUUGGGUGAAGACAAAGCACAAGAAACUGUUUCAUCCAAGGCUCUUGAAUAUUCUACAGGCAGUGAAGGACUUCGAGAUGCAGGACUGCAACUGACAAAUGUUCCAACCUCUGGAGGUAGGUUUUUGGCUUUCACCAUUUUGUUUUGUUGAUUCUCAAAACCCUAAAAUGCAUGAUAUACUUAUGCCAUAAGUGAGUUUUGUAAGUUUAAAUAACUGCAGUGGCAGGAAUUAAUGAAACUAAGUUGCCUAGGUGGUUUGUGAAUUUAUUUAUACAGCAAUCUCAAAACUGCCCUUUGUUUUGCUGUAACUAAUUUGUGUUUUUCUCUAUGAAUAUGGAAAAAAGUAUUAGUGAAAUCUGAUCAGUUAGUGUUCCUGCUAUAAAGCUUGUUAAUUAACGUGGAAUUACGGUAAUAAGUUUGGAGGAAGGCAAAUUGUUGUUGCUUGGUCUUCACAGCAGCAUUUUUUUUACUCCAUGGUGCCUUGUUAUGAAUUUGACAGUUUCAAAUCUUCCGGAUUCAUGUACUGGAAGAGAGGACCACAAGUGGGCUGGCCAUGAUGCAGAAUACCUACCAAAGUCAUCCUCGAAAAACUUCUGUCAUGUCUUGUCUUUCAGAUCUUGAAAGAAUGGUUUUUCAAAGUGUUUUUCAUGUAAUUAGGGUCUUUCUUCUUCACAACAAAGUGAAUAGCAGCCCAAAUCCAAAUAAAAUUAAAGCUGUGUUUGACUGACCAGGGUUGAGUGCAGUAUUUCUUUGCAUGCUGGUACAGUGGUGCCUCGCAAGACGAAAUUAAUCCGUUCCGCGAGUCUCUUUGUCUUGCGGUUUUUUCGUCUUGCGAAGCACGGCUAUUAGCGGCUUAGCGGCUAUUAGCGGCUUAGCGGCUUUAAGAAAAAGGAAACAAACUCGCAAGAACUCUCAAGCCCAUAGGGAAAUUCGUCUUGUGGAACGACUCAAAAAACGCAAAACCCUUUCGUCUAGCGAGUUUUUCGUCUUGCGAGGCAUUCGUCUUGCAGGGCACCACUGUAUUAGCACAAAAAUUGGGCUUUUUAUAAUAGUGUUCAAUUAGAAACCUUUCUGCAAGUGGAAACUUUGCUUACCAGGUUAUUUCAAUACACAUAGUUUUCAAGUGCAUUCAACUGAAUACAGUGGUACCUCGGGUUACGUACUUAAUUUGUUCCGGAGGUCUGUUUUUAACCUGAAACUGUUCUUAACCUGAAGCACCACUUUAGCUAAUGGGGCCUCCUGCUGCUGCCGCGUCGCCAGAGCACGAUUUCUGUUCUCAUCCUGAAGCAAAGUUCUUAACCCAAGGUACUAUUUCUGGGUUAGCGGAGUCUGUAACCUGAAGUGUAUGUAACCCGAGGUACCACUGUACUUUCUAAAAUCUCUUCAAGUCUUGCCUGUUGUAGGUCUUCCCUAUAUUCUUUUCAAUAUUGCAUUAUUUAUAGAACUGAAAAAAUUGUAUGUAAUAAAUGCAGAGCCUAAUAUUUCCACAUGAGUACAUGUGGAAUACAUGUGGAUUUUCCUCCUCAGUUCCAAGUCUGCAUUCUUGUGAUAGCCAUCUUUGAUUCCAAGUCUUCUGGGCACAUCCAGGCUAUUGCCUCUUCCAUGACCUUCGCUGCUGCAUCUCAUAGUAAAAACAUUUCACACAUGCUGGUGAACUAUCAUCCUGAUUCAUCCUUUUGUGGUCCACUUUAAACACCCAAUCCUAUUUUCUAGUUCUAUUUUAUCAUAAUAUUUUUUUAAGUUACCUUUUCCCCCCAUGUACCUUAAGUACUUUGUAUACAUUGGAUUCCCCUCAGUUAUCAUUGUUUACUGAGUUUUCUAAGUUAAACGUACAUGCACAUCUACAUAGUAUCAUUCCAAUCGAAAACGGCAAAUUAAGGAUUAACAAUACAACUUGGCGCAUGUCUAACAUGCAUAUAGUCAGGUCAGAGCAUGUAGUCAACAUAUAGUCCUCCUUCCUGAACCAGUCUCCAUCCAUAAAUCAUGAAAUUCAAAACCAGAUAUACCAUGGUAGUGAAUUCUUCCAUAAUGUUUUUUGGUUGACUAUUCCACCUUGUUUAAUGCUUGACUAUUCCACCUUGUCAAGCCACUAGUGUUAUAAGGUGGCUCCAUUUAGCUAUAAAGUAUCUUCCUGUUUUGCUCCCCUCAGUUCUCAAUUCUUAUGCUUUAGCUUUUCUGCUAGAGCUAUGAUCCACACUUUAGGCUACCAGUUCUUCAGCAUAAAUAGUGACAUACAUUCUGAAGGUUGUCCAGUCAAAUUAGUCUCUCUAUUGACACAGAUGCAUUCAAAGAAUGUCAGGCUUCUGGGGACUUCCUCCAGCCUCAUCAGGUUUUGGCCAAAUGUUUAAAUUUGCUGCAGCCAGUUAGCUUAUAUUGCAUUUAAUCUGGCCAUAAACUGCUCUUGGACAAUAUAUGUCCAUUUUCCAAAAAAGCCCCUCAUAUCCUGUAUUCCCCUUUGGUUUCUUUUUCCUGUGCUGCCCACACUUGUCCACACCUGGGGCUGGUCUAGGAAAGGUAAGAGUGGAGUUACUGAAAUACGUAGCCAUUCCCCCCAAAAAAACUUUGACCACAAAAAAAGGGUUCUCUAUUUGCCGCAGCCUUCCUGUAGCGUUCCCCCCACCCCCGAAAAAGAGAGACCUACAUGAUGAUGCCGGGAUGUGGGUGGCGCUGUGGGUUAAACCACAGAGCCUAGGACUUGCUAAUCAGAAGGUCGGCGGUUCGAAUCCCCACGAUGGGGUGAGCUCCCGUUGCUCUGUCCCUGCUCCUGCCAACCUAGCAGUUCGAAAGCACGUCAAAGUCCAAGUAGAUAAAUAGGUACUGCUCUGUCGGGAAGGUAAACGGCGUUUCCGUGUGCUGCUCUGGUUCGCCAGAAGCGGCUUAGUCAUGCUGGCCACUGGCUCCCUUGGCCAAUAAAGCAAGAUGAGCGCCGCAACCCCAGAGUCGGUCACGACUGGACCUCAUGGUCAGGGGUCCCCUUUACCUUUUUACCUUUAUAUGAUGCUGCCAGUAGUGAUCCAAUUUAAUAGCUGUCUAAUCCACCUUUAUUAUUUGUACGACAAAUUGUUUAACUUGGCAUGUUUCAUAGUGCAGUCUGAGAUUAAGGGCUCCCAGGACCCCUCUUUUUAUACUAGUAAAGUGUUGUUCGGUUCACUUGGGAUUUUUUACUACCAUUCAAAAGUUUUUGCCAACAAUGGAUGGAAAUGUCAGGAAGAGGAAGUGCAACAAAAGGAACAUUUUUAUUGCUGCUACGUGGCCUAGCCAAGUAAGGUUUAGUUUAUUACAGGAGUUCACUUUCUGCAGGCCAAGCAAAGUUAGGAAUCUUACUCCAGCACAGAUUUAUGCAGCCCCUAAAGCAUCUAGAAUUGACACCUUGCUGUGCAAAAAGGCUGCAUUUGAUAAGGUAAAGAGCAUGAAACAGAGCAGCAUUCUUGCUUGGUGGCAAGCCAUAGGCUUGUUUGUUUGUUUGUUUGUUUUGGUAUUGUUUUUACCCUGGACUGUUAAGAUCCAAAUAACAAGCUUUGGAAAGCAUUAUUGAAUUUAAACUUCCCACCCCAAUACCGUCUAUUUUCUUGAAUCACAGUUUCAGUUUGUUCUUAAAUAAUGGUUCAUUUUUUUACAAAAAAUUACAGGUUUGUUCAACUGAUUUCACUAUUUACUUAAAUUAUUCUUGUAUUUUGUUUCUCACGUGGCACAACAGAAAAAUUUGCUGUAAGUGAACUUAGAAUUUCUUCUUGUGGUGGGUUUUUUUCCUUCCUGCCUGUAAAGCCCAGUUUGUGUGUUGUUUGUUUGUUUGUUUUUGUUCUGUAUUGUAUGCAUGUUGGGAGGGUGGAAUAUGCGCUCCUUGAUUUCAUCCAAAAAAAUUCAUAUUUAUAACCAUUAUAGCCCAUUCAUGUUGCUGCAGUAUUAACUGAAUUAUUUUCUAUUUAAUAGCCCCUGUUGACUACUGUAAUAAUGUUCUGUGUCUGCAGCUUAAAUUGCUGUCUUCAACAUGCCUGGUAAAUUGUGGGUGAGGAUUUACUAUUUCCUUAUUUUUGGAAGGAUUUUUUAAAAACUGCCAUCAAAGUAUUUUAAACCCAAAAAAUAGCAAUACUUUAAAAGCUAUUAAAGUAACCACACAUUCUUACUACUUGGUGAAUCUCUUUCUACAGUUUUAGUAACUAAAAUUACUUAACUUGAUGGUAGUUUUUCUGUCCACUAACUAAUGUCUCAGGCUUCAUGAUAAUUAAACCAAAUUACUCUAUAUGACAUGUCACAACUGGUCGUGGGUAUAUCUUUAUACAAGGACUUCAGAUCACUGAACUGUCAAAUUAAGUUCCUAUUACUAUAUACUAUAAUUACUAUAUACUAUAAUAUGUUAAGCGACGUGGGUGGUGCUUUGAUCUAAACCACUGAGCCUCUAGGGCUUGCCGAUCAGAAGGUCGGCAGUUCGAAUCCCUGUGACGGGGUGAGCUCCCGUUGCUCGGUCCCAGCUCCUGCCCACCUAGCAGUUCGAAAGCACGUCAAAGUGCAAGUAGAUAAAUAGGUAUCACUCUGGUGGGAAGGUAAAUGGCGUUUCCAUGUGCUGCUCUGGUUCGCCAGAUGCGGCUUAGUCAUGCUGGCCACAUGACCCGGAAAAACUGUCUGUGGACAAACAUCGGCUCCCUCGGCCCGUAAAGCGAAAUGAGCGCCGCAACCCCAGAGUUGUCUGUGACUGGACUUAACUGUCAGACUUUACCUUUACCUUUUUAUAAUAUGCUAAAUUUCAGAGGUUUUGUCUGCCUGCUGCAUGAUAUUUCAAAUCUUGUGCCCUUUUUUUUGGUUAAGCUGUGUUUCUGCUAAUACUUAGUAAAAGGCAUGCUGAUAGGUAGCACCUACUUUAAUUUUAGUGGCAUUGUCUUGUUAAUCCAUUUAAAGCACCAGGCAAAAUAACUUCAACUGAAACAUUUAUAACAUGUUUGCAACAUUUUCAUAUUGCAUCUUGAUUCUUUAUUAUUAUUUUUUACUGUUAUAUAGCACAGUAUAUCUUUUUCUUUUUUCUUUUUGGUGAUCUCCAAGGUACAGUAGUCAGUGAAAGAGUCUUUUAGUCUGCCAGAUUUUUGUGGCUACACAGGCGCUUCUUCUUUGUUCAUUACAAUUUUGUAAAAAUUAUAUAGAUUUGCAGAACUUUAUUACCAUAUAGGAAAGAUAAAUUCAGGUAGUGAAGCUCUCCUCGGCUCCUUUGAACUUUGCAAAGAUUGGAAAAAUCAGAUUUGUUCUUUCCUCUGGUGGGUUGGAGUGAGUCCAUGCAACAUAAUGUUCUCCAUUGUCAAGGCAGUUCACCAGGAAACUGAUCAAAAGGGGAACUGUGUUUCCAGGUUCAAAAAUGCUGCUAACCUUAAUAGUGUAGAUUAAUUGUAAAGUAUUGCAAGCAUAAGAGAAAUUACUAGGGCUUGUUAGUCUACUAGGAUCAUGUGGUGGGACAUAAAUAUAACACUUACUGGGAAAAUAAUAAAAGAUGCAGCAAAGGACAUUUAUUGUUUUGAUUUGUUGAUACUUCCCCCUUGAUUCCUUGGGUGCUGCAUUUUACUCCUCCUUGCAACUAUUUUAAAUGGAAUAUUGCAGAGCAGGUUUCCCAUGGUCCACUAAGACUGCACUUACUUGUGCUGCACACAAUUGAGUAAAUACAUACAUCAGAUACAUAGUAUAUUCUCUUGCCACACAUAACUGACGUAUACCAACUAGCCUCAUAGACUAGUUGCUUAGUGGUAGGUUAUUUACAGCCCAUAAACUAGUAAUCUCACAUAGAACUCUGAUGUCUAAAUUUCAUGUGUAUCUUAAAUGAAUAUGUUAAUCAGCGCAGAUACAAGCCAAGCUAUGUGUAGUCAGCUAUAUACAUCUCAAGGUAUUAUUUGGAACACAUUUGCAUGUAUAUAAAAUUCAAUGAUGGUACUGGAGCUUCUACUUUUUGCUGAGGGCAUGGUCUUGAGGGCACAUGUUGCAACUAGUCCCAAAAAUGGUGACCACCUGGCAACCCUACAGAUCUACCUUGAGGGUCACCGUUGAAGGAAGGCGUGGCAUAAGUGUACUAAACAACUGCAUAAAACAAAUGUCCACCUUUUGGGCUGCUUUCCUACUUUUCUGACUUUUGAGAAAAAUAAAUUGUCUCUAUUUGUACGUAUCCUGUCUUAAGUGAACAUUUUUGUAGUUUCCAUUUGAAAAAUCAACUCCUCGUGUAUCUUGCCUGUUGUGCACGUAUAAUUGCUUAUAGUCCUUUAUGUCUGCAAAGCUGUUAUGGUACUGCUGUUCAUAUAUGUUGAGUUCCAAGUAAAAAUGAAGUGUAACUGUGUAUUUGUUUGCUUUUGCUCCAGUCCUAUUCCCCCCUUCCCCGCUUUAUUUGUUUUUAAAAGUCUAUUUUGGACUUGGAAGUAUAUACUAGGUCGAUUCCUACCUUAAGUUGCUUGCACUUAGCUUUCAUGAAAACCAAUGGGAUAAAUUAGUCACGACUUGCCUUAAAUCUCUCUUAUUUCAGUAGGAACUAAAUCCAGUUUACUUAAUCUGGAUCAAACCCAUGGUUUAUAGGUUCCAUUAGUAAGCAUGAACGUACAUAGCAAUUACGGUAUGAUUUAUAUUCACAGAACCUUCAAAAUAAACCCUGCACUAUGCAAGUAUUUAAAUACCCAUUUAAUUUAUGAUUGAUCUACAGCACAUCCAUAGCCAUGGUAUGGCUUGAAGGCCACAGUUAAUAUCAGUGAAUUACACCAAUGAAAAUGGAACAUAUUCUUCUGGUUUUCGCAACAUUGUCUCUUAACUGUCUGCUCAUUUUUUCAAUAAACUGCAUGAACAGUAUUGUCUUUGCCUCGUCACAAAAGAAGCAAGUGACACAAUCUAGACAUAAAUGAGAAUGUAUUUAACGAUCAGCUAAAAUGAAUGAGACUUCAGUGUUAACUUGUGUUAGUUCAGGCCAAGAAGUGCCUUCUGUUUCUUAAGGGCCCUUUCUUAAAACUUGAAUAAACCAUGGUGCCUUAGUGAUAUAUAAAAAUUUUGUAUGGAUUGAGCUUUGCUUUUUUCAAAAUAAUCAUAAUCAUGUAUGAAUGAACUUUGUCUUUGCUGUUUUCCCAUGUUGUAGCUGUGACCCUACGUGAAGAUAGUGCUAGAAGGUCAGAGAGGAGAGCCAGGCGAGUCUCAGCAUGUCUGUCCAAUUAUUCACUGGCUAGUGACAGUGGCGUGUUUGAAGCUUUAAGCAAAAGGUCAGGUUGUAUAAAUGUGUUGUAAAUUGGAACUGUGCUUAACAUCCUUCCCUUAAAAAGCAACAAAAAACACUUGGUAAAAAGUCUUAUUUAUAUAUACACUACUAACUAAUGGCUAAUUCUUUAAAACAUUUUAGUUAGGUAGAUUUUUUACCUGGUUCUCUGGCUGCUUGAUGACUAUUGUGCUCUUUCUUUCUUUCCUUGCUUAAUAACAGUUUAGGGUCUUGCAAACUCCCCCCCCCCCCAAGCUAGUUAAGAUAUGUUUGGGAUUGGGCUCCUUUGGGAAGGAAGGGGUGAGGGGAAUAAAUCAAAUAAAUGCUUUUAAUUUGAAUAACAUGGAUGAUAUACACAACGCUUCUGCUAGGUUGCUCCAUGGGAAGGAGGAUAAGACAAUCACAUCAUAUUGCACCAUUCUUCACUAGUUCCGCUGGUUCCUGUUGUGUUUCAAGGUCCAAUUCAAAGUGCUAGUUUUAGCCUUUAAAACACUAAACAGUUAUUUGAAGGACCACCUGCGCUCAUAUGAACUUGCUUGGGCAUAGAUUCAUGCCUUGUAUGCCUGCCUGUGAAGGCAGUUCAUUUGUCAGGCAUGAGUAGCAGGGCCUUUUCAGUGGUGGCUCCCAGAGGACAGAACACCCUCCUUCAGAGGUGUGCAAGGCCUCUUUGCUGCAGAUUUUAAAACAGGUUUUAAACACCACCUGUUUUUGAACCACCCUUUUAAAACAAAGGCCUCUCUGUUAGUUUUAGUAUCUGUCUAUGAUACUUGUUUCAAUAACUGCUAAUGUUGGUGCCUUUAUCUGUUUUGGCUAUUCACGUGUUACUCAUGAGUAGGGAUUGACUGUGUUUACUUGUAGGCCUUUCCCAGCCCUACUUGGAAUUGCCGAGAAUUGAACCUGGUACAUCCUGCAUGUAAAACAUGAGCUAUACCAUUAAACUAAAACCCCUUUUCUGAAGGGCUCAAAAUAUCCCAGGCAGCUAGAAAUUUGGUGAUGGCUAAAAAACUGUCCAGGUUUGCAUGUCUGAGAAUAAAAUUAUAGUUCAUUCUUUUUUAAGGUGAAUAGCAACAUAUGAUAAUAGGAAGUAAAUAUUUAAUUCAUUCCUUUUCGGCAAUAUAACAUAAGAUGUAUGCUUGUAGCCAUCUCUCGUUAACAUGCAGUGGUUCCCAUAGAGUUCAAUAAUGCCAAUAAAUCUUACUUUUGAUGGAAGUUCAUAAUCUAAAUAAAGAAGUUUAAUAAGCAGUAGGUAAAAUGUGCAUUGUUCAUACAGAGUAGCUCAGGUCAUUUGUGGUAAUGAAAAUACAGCUCUACUGCUAGUUUUUAAAUUGCUUUUUCUCUUACCACAUAGGAAUGAGGAUAUUGAAGAAUCACUUUACAGUGAUGCUGUCAGCAAUGAAGAGCCCAAAAUGCAAGUUGGAUUUCUGUAAGUCUUUUCUUUUCUUUUCUUUUCUUUUCUUUUCUUUUCUUUUCUUUUCUUUUCUUUUCUUUUCUUUUCUUUGGUAAAUAUUCCUUGUUAAAAUGCAAGUGUAUGCCAGGUGUGCAGCGUCCUUAAUGGUUAAAUAAUUUUGAACUUUUGGAGCACAGCUAAGCUGCGGCAGAUCAUCAUUUCAAAGAGAGAAUACUCCAAAAGUGAGGAGAAAAUUACCAGAUCAUGUUUGGUAAGGUGUGGUAUUCCAGUUCUUCUCUACUAGGGUUGGGCGAUACCAGCUUUUCAACAUUGCAAUGUAUCACUAGCUAAACAUCGCUAGUGUUGAAAAGGAAGGCUAUCGGCAUUUCUAAGCGGUAUACAUAGAAACAAACUAUGCACAAAAUGAAAACAAUAAAACAAAACAAUUCCCCCCCCCCCAAAAAAACCCUGCUGGAACAAGAAAGCCUUAAUUACGUGCCUGAAUUUCAGUUAGGGUGGUGCCAAUCUAAUCACAUUUGGGAAAGAGUUCUACAGGCUUGGGCCCACAGCUUCUAGCAGUUCCAAGCUGUUUAUCUGAGCCAUGGGGAACCACCAACAGAAUACUCCUGAGAUCUCAGUGUUUGGGUCACAAGAUAAGGAAUCAGGCAGUCCUUAAGAUAUGCAAUAAGCACAUGCACCUAAUAAGUUUAUUGAGAGGUGGGUUUUAUACAUAAAUGACUGGAAUUUCAAGUUUCAAGAGACCUAUGUGCAAUUUUAUUUAUGGUAAGAUGUGAGCAAUAUUUUCUUGAUCUUCAUGUCUUUGUUGUAUGUGCUCUGGGAUGUGAUAACGGAAUGGAAUGUUGUGUUUUUUGUCAUCUUCCUUAGUUUUUAUUACUAAGUAUGGUUCUGUCAGUAAUUCACUAUGAUACAGUCAUAUAGUAUGUUUUUAUUGUCAUUUUUGUAUUUUAUUUUAUUUAAAAAAAGAAGAAGCUUCCAGGGUUUCUGGCAGAUAAAAAUAGUCAUUUGUGCUACAUGUGUGAUUCUGCAUGUUUUGUCUUUGUAUCCUAUAGACCACACAAUUGGUCACCAAUUAAUUGAGAACUUCUUUUUCAGGCAUGACAGUGCGACUGAGUGUCUCCUGGUCCAUGUGUUGCAGCUCAAGAACUUCACAGGCUUUGCUGUGAAAGAAGGCUGUAAAAUGUAAGUUGAAAUACCUACAUUGGCCCGAUUUCUUGCUUUCCAUUCCUUCAAGCGUCAGAAUACGACGCAUCUGUCUUACUUGGGGUUUAGAAUAGAAUGUGAUCCAUUUACUUCACAAUGAACUCCAGAAAACUUACGAAAAACAAUGUUAAUAUAUUUAUUUUUAAUUAAAGACAUUUAUAAACUACCAUUUUGUCCCAUUAUAGAGCAGCCAAAGCAGCUCUCACAACAUGAUUUUAAAAAAGAAAGAAAGAAGAAACACUACAAAGCAGUAAAAUAUACAGACUCAAAAAGUAAAACAUGCUGAUAUUAUUAAUCAAAUAACAAAAGUUUAUGUUUAUGUCACAAUGAAUCAGUAGAGGGGGCGGAAUCAGCGAUUGGCAUGGCCAGGCAUCUGUUAAGCGAUGUCAGAGUUUCACCUUGGUGAAUCUAAAAUGGCAGAACAGAGGCAAGAACCAGCUGGGAUUUCAUAAUAAAUGCUGCCGCUGGAUAAAAUAUUUGUGGGGAUGGGGAGACUGAGGUUAGUGGCUGACGGUGGCUGCAAGCAGUCACACUGUACUGGGAAUCUGAUGUGGGGGCAGCUGCAUCAGCCAUAGGCAGGAGAUUGUGCCAGGAUGGUGCAGUUGCCCAUUUGUGGCACCAUGCCGAGGGCACACUCACUGGCGCAGGCCUUGCAGUGUUAAGGAUAUUUGAUAAGCAAUGACAGUCCCAGAUAAAUGUCCACAAACGCAGGGAAACUGGGAAAUGCUGAUAUAUAUCUAUAGAAUAUUCACCAGCAUUCCCUUGUGAAUGCUUAGGAAGUCUAUGCUUUUGAACCUUCAUAAAAUUCAUUUUAGUAUUCACAUGUAUUCGGCAAAUUUGAGAUACUUGCUGUAACACACGCACAGGUUUACAGAGUUUUUCAGUCUGUUGUAAGUUAACCUACUAAUAGUAUAAUGAUCAGGGAUGGAAAAAUGAAAAUUAUGUUUCGUCCAAUUUUAUUUAGGAAGUUAAAAUGAUAUCUUACUGCUUCUGUUUACCUGCUAUGACUUUUAUUUUGCCUGUUCUCAGACAUGUGAGGAUAUACUUACCAUCUCUUGAGUCGGGCACAUCAACCACUUACUGCUCCAGAGCUUUGGAAUUCCAAACUCCCUUAGUGUUGAAUGAAGUCUUCCAGAUUCCUGUACAUUCAAAUAUUUUGAAGCUGAAAUCACUACAGCUUUAUAUCUGUUCAGUUGGCCAUCACCAGCAAGAAGAAUUGUUGGUAAGGGGUGCCUUUUUUGUAAAAACAAACAAACAGGUGUUACGAGUUCCUUUACAUUGGUCUGGUCCCCGCAUAACACUAAGCCUAACAAACUAUGGCUUAGUUGAAUGAGCAAGUGUGCUGCUGGAAACUUCACCCGGGCUUGUGGUUUAUUCUCACAGCAGUAGGACUGAGGGAGAAGUGAACUGGGCACAGUUUUCUAAAUGUGCACCAGAACACUUAAUUGUUCAUUCUAAGCCAUAGUUUGCUUAGCUUUACAUGAAAACUGAACUAUUGUAAAUGAAAAAAAUGGUUUCAGUUUCCUCAUAUCCCUGUGUUCAAAGGUGUCUCAGAUUUAAUCUAAUCAUCAAGAUAAUUCCCUUUUUGUGGAUGAUAGGUUUGUGAUGUCAUUGGUUUAGGCUAUGAUGGAUGUUCAUUUACAAUACUCAGCCUGUUAAAACAAAAUCUGGUUUAUAGUCAUACCACUGGCUAAUAAAAGUUCCACAUUGUAUUACUGUUUCUUAAACUGAUUCAGCUCUCUUGUUGGAAAUACAAAAUAGCUCCUCUUUUUCCCUAUACAUGAAUAUUUAUCAAACAUCAUGCCUAACAACAUUUAAGUUGCCUUAACCGUGGUUUGGCUUCCAGUCUGGAGUGAGCUAGUGGCUGCAGGAUUGCAUGGUCACAUUUCUGGUUUUUAAGGUGUUCCUCCCUGAAAUAUUACAAUACUUCAUUGGUCUUUUUUAGGCCUAAUGCUAAACUUUGCAUUAAGAAAGAGCCCCCUGCUGGUUUACUGACAGGAAACAUUCAGCUUAGAAGUAGAUGUUAGUGAAACUACUCCCCCCACCUCCUUUUUUCUCCCACAUGCUUGGGAGACAGUCUAUCAAACAAUAGCAAGUAUAUUUACUUAAACCCUCUCUCAAUAUGUAAAGCCCCAAGCCUUUCACAGGUCAUGAACACAGUAUCCACAUUUUAGGACAUUCCUGUUCUCUCUUAGAACAUAUCAGAGUAUAUUGUAUGCAAAGGGACAUAGAUUCAUAGAGUUGUAGAGUUGGAAGGGACCCUGAGGAUCAUCUAGUCCAGGCAUGGCCAAACUUGGCCCUCCAGUUGUUUUGGGACUACAACUCCCAUCAUCCCUAGCUAGCAGGACCAGUGGGCAGGGGUGAUGGGAAUUGUAGUCCCAAAACAGCUGGAGGGCCAAGUUUGGCCACGCCUGAUCUAGUCCAACCCCCUGCAGUACAGGAAUAUGAAGCUAUCCCAUACAGGGGUCAAACAUGCAACCUUGGCGUUAUUACUCUAAACAACUGAGUUAUCCAGGCUGUGUAUUCAAAUAAAAGUAAAAAUUAAGGCAUCUUUGCAGAAUGCCCUACUAAAAGUCCCCAGCUGCUUCUUCGGUGUUUUGUAUUAUAAUAAGAAGUAGCCUUGUAGACAGCAAAUGUUUUCUCUAGUAGUAUGAGUAUUGACUCAUUUUGCUUCAAUGUCUUCCCAGGGCAUUGCUCAGAUUAGCCUAGCUGACUAUGAGAGCUCCAAUGAGAUGCAACUUCACUGGUACCCCAUCCAGAUAUUUACAGGUUCAGACUGUGAGCAGACAAAAGACAGACCAAAAUGUGAAGAAAAUGCUUCUCAGAUUUUCGAAAACAAAGCUACAAUGAAAAUGGUAUGGCUGUAUCUGACCUUUUCUUAACAUGUUUCUUUUGCAUGUUUCCUUGUGUGUGAUGCAAAAGAUGUUCUUAUAACAUUUGAUACUGAAAGUUAAGGGUGAGCAAAAUGCAUAUAGUAUAUGCCUGAAUUCAGAGGAGAAAUUUUACUGAGGCUAAAUAGGGUUAAUUUGCAAUGAUUUAACUGGAUGAUACCAUUUAAAAUUCAUAUGGAUGCUUUUAAAUGUAUUAGGUCUCUCAACCAUUUGUAUUUUAAUAUAUAUUUUGUCUUGCUUUUUUUAAACCUUUUUGUAUGUAGUAUAUUAAUAGUAGAUGGAGUAGUAUUUUGGUAUAUUUUCAUAUAAAGGCAUAUUUUAGUCAGUGCUUCUUCAAUACUGUAGCAGUGUAGAUGAUGAUGAUGAUGUGGUUGCUAUGGCCAUGAUGGUUGAAACAACAACAGCAAUAAACAGAAACAGUGAUAUGCCUGGAUCUGCUGAGAGAUACUUGCAUUUGAGCUUAUACUCAUCAAUAGAAUUAUGUCAUUUUAAUUUAUCUAUAGAUUACACACCACAACUGCACCCAUGUGUAAACAUGCUCAUGUUUUUCCAUAUUCAACUAUCUAGCCAUGUUUGGAUUAUUGUGAAAAAUUUGAGCUACUUCACACCACAGUACUUAAGUUCUAAUUUAAUUUGUUGUGAGCAUGUCAAAAUUCUGAAUUCAGCCAGAAUGCUACUCUUUGGUUUUAGAGAAAUUUCCAACCAAAACUACUUUGUGCUUUUGUUUGAACUUAGUCAUUAUUGUUGUUCCUUCGAAAGGCUGACUUCAGUUUUUCUGCUAGGAAAAUGACUCUCAUUUGAUUCUAAGUUCAAUUUCCAUUCUAGGAUGCUGUGACUGCCCUUUUAGCUAGGACCACAGCUCAAUUGGAAGCUGUGGAGAGAGAAUUAGCGGAGGAGAGAGUAAAACUGGAGUACACAGAAGAGGAAAUUCUAGAGAUGGAGCAAAAGGAAGACCAGCUAGAAGCUGUGUCAGAGAGGUAACUUUUUCAAAAGGGUUAAGACAGAACUUAAGUUUUUAAAAUAAUAUAUGUGUGAUUCUGUUGAGAUAUUAAAUGUAUCGAAUCUUAUACGUCAUUUAUCUGUAAUCGUUAGCUAUUAGAUGUAAGCAUUAGCUGUUUUAUCAUAUUGGAGCAUACAUAACCCAAUUUCAUAUUUCUUAGUUCAGAUUUGGAUAUGCAAAACUUGGCAUUUAAUGGCAUUUAAUUUACAAGAAUGCAAAACCUUGAUAGGAUCAGUAAUGGUACCGAAAUAUGUAUUCAUGUAACACUUCUUCUAGAAUCGUAACAUAAUCACUUACACUGUGUCUAGAGCAUCCCUAAGUAGUUUUUAAAUAUUAUUGUUGCUGAUCCUGUGUCUCACAUUAAUUUUUUUUGGGGGGGGACUGGUGUUCACAGAUUCAUAAGAAAAUAGAACAACAGCAGCAGUGGCCAUGUGGGGCUAGUUUUCUGGAAGUAUUUGCACUGUAUUAAACAUGCAAAAGGGCAGUGUGAAAUUAAUUACUGGAACCAAAUUUCAUUGCUUGAUGUAUUCUUUUUCCUGCAGAAGCUGGCAAGCAGAAUCAGUUGACAGUGGAUGUAGUAAUUGUAUGCAGACUAGUCCUCACCCAGAGUCUUACUGCAGUGAAUCAUUACACAGUCAUAUGCUUGCACCUCAAACAGAUCAGUGUACUUCUAAAAAAGUCCCGCCUCCACCUCUAAAGGCAAGUAGAAAUAAUUGUACUUUCUGCUCCAGUUUUUGUUAAUCCUUAACUGGGCUAGGCCAGUGAUAUCUUUCCAAGAUACAUCCUCAUUUUCUUCUCCCUUGACCUUCAGUACUUUUGUUUGUCUUAAAAUGAGACGCUGCUUUAUAAGCAUGUAAAUAUUCCUGUUUGUUCAGACCUUUUAACUAACCUGAUCUCUUGAGGUAGUUCUGGCCUGCAUGUCACUGCCACAGAUAAACUGUUAACACUUUUUAUGAUUCUGUGCUGUAUUUAUAGAUUAUUAUUAUUAUUACUUUAGUUUUGGCUGAAGAUUUGCAACUUGUUAUAAUGGAACUCAUUACGCUCAAGUCAUUUUUAUAAUGGUGCUGGACCAUAAAUAGCUAUACUUUACAGUGCUCUGGAAUUAUUAUUAUUAUUAUUAUUAUUAUUAUUAUUAUUAUUAUUUAUUCUUUAUACCCCGCCCAUCUGGCUGAGUUUUCCCAGCCACUCUGGGCAGCUUCCAGUCGAGUGUUAAAAAUAAUACAGCACUGGAAAUGCUUGUGUGAUAAGAUGAAUGAAAAAAUAAGCCUUUGCAACACUUGAAAUUUCGAUUCUUAUUUUAGGUAGAUAAGGAGACCAACACAGAAGAAACAGCUUUGCUUCAUAAAAACAGAACUGGCCGUCGAUCCCGUGGGUCUGCUUUUGUUCGUAGUAGUACCAUCGUUCGCUCACAGACAUUCUCACCUGGUGCACGAAGUCAGUAUGUUUGCCGAGUGAGUAGUAAUUGUUAUUAAACAAGCAGUCUGGAACUGUGACUUUAAAGAUUGAACGUUAUUGUAAAUGCUAUAGCAUUUGCUCUUGCAUUUGAACCUGGACCAAUAACUGCUUUUUAUGUGCUGUCAGGUUCAGUUCCCAUAUUCUUUCGUUUGAGAGUAUGAUAAUGAAUAUCUUAAUGUCUGCAUUUUCUUAAAUGCACUUUUUAGAUAACGUUGCUGUGGGUUUUGGUGAGGGGAGGUGGUGAAAAUAAAAAGACCUAAGGCCCCCAGUAGACGGGCUCAAAGGCAGCACUUAAGUCUGACUGGUUGGCUGAUUAUUAUUUUUCUCCUGAACUGACAUGGAUAAGUCUCACUUGUGUUGCCGGAAUAAAGAUUAAAGUAUCAAUUUCCAUUUUGUAUCUUUUUUUCUAUCAGCUAUAUCGUAGUGACAGUGACAGUUCUACUCUGCCAAGAAAGUCUCCAUUUAUCCGAAAUACUUUGGAAAGACGUACGCUGCGUUAUAAGCAGGUAUAGUUGUGACUGUAAAAUUUGGGGCUUUGCAUUGCUGAGGCAUUUUUACAGAAGGAAGCUGAGGGGUUUUUUUUACUACAUUGGGAUACUAUUAAGAAUAGUUUGAUAUGGCAAUGUAAUAAUGUAUGUUGCAUUUAUAAUCAUACACUGCAGCGAGAGCUAUAAAAAUAGCUGGUAGUGUUAGAUCAAUUUUAAAUAUGUUCCUGUUGAAUUUACUGAUUUAGCCUUGAUUAAUGUUGGCAGCAGGAUUUAAAAAAAUCUGUACUCAGCUUCCUUGGGGUUUAGACAAACUCUGUACUGGAAAGCCAACAAGCAUAGAAUACAUAGAUCAAUACAAUUCUUAACUUUUUAGAAAGUAUCAGCCCCUUUUUAAAGCACUAAAUUUAGAAUUCUUAUGGCUCACCACUGUGAAGAUGUAAUAUGACAACUUGCAGCUCAUGGUUUACCAAGACAUUGCCCUGUUUGUAUUCUCCUCCCCAUCUGUUUUCUCUCACGUGAAUUCCCCUCUCCAUCGCAUAAUAUGCUUUAACAAUGGCUUAGUAUUACGUUUGGCUUCAACACUAUUAUAGUGAAAGAUAACCAGGAUUAAUCUCGUAAAAACAUAGUUUUUAAACACAGCCCAAACCAUAGUUUUGAGUAACAUUGGAUAGGAGCUUAGCUAUAGCCGUGUUCCUCUCAGUGCUGACAUAACUCCAAAAUAUGAUUAAAGUGGACCACGAGAAGAUGGAAUGUCUCCUUCAAAAGGAUAUAUGCUAGCCCACACAAAUUCAAACCAUGGUUUGAAAUCAUCCCGUUGGGCCAAUGUCUGUGUCAAUUAAACUGGCCCAAAUUGCUUCCUAAUAUUUUGGUUUAUUUCAGGAGAAUGCACAAUACCUUGCAGUUGGAGGAGAGGUCCAGGCUUGCUUGCAUUUGAGACUUAUUAUCACAUUCUUGUUUUAAUGUCUCAGCAAUCCUGUAGAUCAUCUUUGGCUGACCUUAUGGAGAGGACGUCACUAGACCUGGAGCUGGAUCUCCAGGCAUCCAGAACAAGGCAGAGGCAGUUGAACGAUGAAUUAUCUAUCUUGAGAGAGUUGCGGCAGCGCCUGGAGGAUGCCCAGCUUAGAGGUCAGACUGAUCUGCCUCAUUGGGUGCUUCGGGAUGAACGGUUUCGAAACUUGCUGAAGGAAGCGGAGAGGCAGGUAUGGCAUAUUGGGGCCUGCAGAUUAUUGCAUUCAAGGGUAUUAUGUUAUGCAGAAAGCUCCAAUAUAAGGAACUGAGCUUCACAAUUUUUAAAUAUUUUUAAAAUUGUGAUCUUUGCUCUAGUGAAAUUGUUACAGAGCAAACUGUAAUGGUUGGUGAUCUUACUCUGCCUGGGACAGGUAGUUUGCGGGGAGGCUCUUCUGCUAAUGGAAGGGUAGCCUUGGUAGUUCUGCCACCCUCAGAAGUGUAGGGAAUGUCAGCCUGAGAGAUGGCUUUCUCUGUAAAGGUAAAGGUAAAGGGACCCCUGACCAUUAGGUCCAGUCAUGACUGACUCUGGGGCUGCGGCGCUCAUCUCGCUUUAUUGGCCGAGGGAGCCGGCGUACAGCUUCCAGGUCAUGUGGCCAGCAUGACUAAGCUGCUUCUGGCGAACCAGAGCAGCGCACGGAAACGCCGUUUACCUUCUUGCCGGAGUGGAACCUAUUUAUCUACUUGCACUUUGAGGUGCUUUCGAACUGCUAGGUUGGCAGGAGCAGGGACCGAGCAAUGGGAGCUCACCCCAUCGCGGGGAUUCGAACUGCUGACCUUCUGAUUGGCAAGUCCUAGGCUCUGUGGUUUAACCCACAGUGCUACCCACGUCCUGGCUUUCUUUGUAGCAGCUCCUAAAUUGUGGAAUUCCCUCCCCAUAUCAUAAUGGUAUAGCUUUUGCUAUAUGCUGAACACACACUUCUCUACAGUGGCCAUUGACACCUGAGGUAUAUAUAUUUCGAAUCCACUCUGUACUGAUUUAUAAAUCCUUUUAACUUAAUAUUGUAAUAUUGUUGUAACCUGCUCUGGGACUUUCUAAAGAAGAAUGGGUAAGAAACAACAACAACAACAACAACAACAACAACAACAACAACAACAAAAUGUAUAUUCCUGUUAUGUACAAGGAAGGAUUUUUCUCCUCACACGCAGGUGGUGUAGAAGUUAGGGGAGUUUCUCAACAUAAAGACUUACAAGGUAGCAUGUUUAGCCCUGCCUUUGAAGAAAGUGGGAGAUGUCAUCCAAAUGAGGUUUCUUUCUGUCCAAGGAAAAAGACUGAGCUUUUAUCCUAAGCCCAGUGUUCCUCUUACAACUUAUUUUUGAUUUCAUAUACAUCCUCUUUAGACAAGACAGACCAAAUUUGAACAUCGUCAACAACAAGCAGCAGAAAAAUUGCUUAAAAAGGCAUCCAAAGAAGUUUACCAACUACGUGGUCAAAACCAGAAGGAGCCUAUUCAGGUUCAGACCUUCCGGUAAGUAAAGUGUAAACUAAAUAUGGUUUUACCCCACUCCUUUCAAAUGUAUUCCAAUGUACUGGAUGUCAGAUUCCUUGAAAAGUUCAGUCAAGUUGUUAUGUGUUUGUUUCUUCUCUAUGCGCUGCUUAUUCCUGAAUGUUUCUACAGUUUGAUUUCAAAUGGGAUUACUAAGUCUAAUACCUGCCUUGCAUUCUGGAUAACAGUAAUAUACAGAAUAACAGUAAUACAUGGAAGUAGUUUUAGAUUGUUAGAGCCAGACACUUUAAAAGUGGAUGUUUUCUUGAGCAUUUUGUACAUUCAAAAUAUUAAAAAAAUAUUUUUGAAUCAUGGAACUGUGUCUCCAGAAGGUGAUCAAGUAUGUAUAGGGGAUGGGGGUUUAAAUGAAAAAGUGAGGUAUAAAUAUUUAACAAAUAAAAGCAGAGAAUCGGCAGGAUCUCCAGACUAUGGCCUAGUUCUCAUUACGGUGAUCCACCUUUCUCUGGGCUGUACAACUUCCAACUUCAGGUGGACUCAACAGAAUUGAGGGUGGUAGCCAACUAAUGUGUUCCGACAGCACAAAGAUCUACACUUACACAGUGGAACUUUCACCCCCUCCUCCCUCACUCUAUGUGCCCCUAAACCUGUUAUGGAGGUUCCCCCAACCCUCCAGAGCAUAUUUGCGGGGUGGCACAGCGGGAGGAGGGGGGGGAGUUACGUUGUGCAAUUGUAAAUCCUGGUACUGACAGAAUGAAUUAGCUCCCUGAGAAGGCAGUAUACAACUUAUUUCAUAGCCUUGUCUUCUUCCUAACAUGCCAGCUUCAUAUGUGGAGAUUUUUGUUUCGUAGUGACUUUCAGUCUGAAGUGAUCUAGCCCAGACACAGGUUUACCAUCUCAGUGAGAAGUAGGCCUAAGACAAGUUAUGAUAGGUCCCCUUAAUACAGAGAUCCUGAGAGCUAGCACUUGGAAGAAUUAAAAAUAUGUGGAACAUUUGGAAUGCAGCCACUCUUAAACACUGAAGUCACAUUUUCAGAUUUAGCCAUUUUUCAGUUGUAGCUUUGCCUUUUCAUUCAUGUAUAAUAAACAUGUUACAGGUGACUAAAAUGUACACGCUGAAAUAAACAGUUGAUUUAUUACAUUUAUGGAAAUAUAUUAAAGUUUCCUUUCACAUGAGAACGUAGAUCAAAAUAAAAAAUAUUACUCUCAUGGAGGUGCUGUGGAAGGAUGAACAAGUGUGGAAAUAUUUAGUUGUCAUUUUAGCAGCACAAAACAUAAACUGCCAAAAGGAUUUGUAGUUCAGAAGUAUUCAGUUAAACAAUUUGAACAUGGGUGUUAUUUGUUAUAAUACAUUGCUUUAGUUUCUUGAAAUGCCCAGUUUUAAAAGUGGUACUUAAAUCUGCUCUAACAUGGAACUCACAAGCAGCAAAAGUAGAUGCUUAAAUAUCUGUGUAAUAUUUUCCCUUACCAAUUGCAGGGAGAAAAUAGCGUUCUUCACAAGGCCAAGGAUCAACAUACCUCCUCUGCCGGCUGAUGAUGUUUAACAUGUUGCUUUGUAAACAUGAAGUAUUUAUCUGCCUGUUUAAAAUGAAGUUAUUAACUAGUUAAGUUUAUUUUUUAAAAUCGUUGUGCAAAGACUAUUAAUAUACACAUUUUGUAAAAAAAUAAUAAUAAAGUAAACAAAAACAUAUAUAAAUAUAUACAGCAAUAUAUAUUAUAAUAGUGACUGCAGCAAGGCUUGGUUUUUCCUUGUUGUGAAAUUGACAUCUCGGAAGACAACUUAUUUUAUAUUAAAAAAAAAAAAAUCAACUAUCCUCUUAGAGUUAUGUACUGUUUUUAUGCUGUUUUAUUUGACUUAAAAGGCUGGAAGACAGAAACAACGUGAGUUCAGGCAAAUUCACUGUAUUGUAAUUUAUUUAUAGUAACUCAUUUUCCUUGAAGGAAAAUAUUUACUUUAAUAUGUAUUUUUUAAAAAACAGAAAUUUUGUUACUCAGUAUUUGUCAUACAGUAGAAUGGAACCAUUGAGCUGGUUUUGUUUCUGAUAGCUGAAAUGAAAAUACUAUGUUCUAAAUUUGUCACUUUUUAAUCAGCUUUACUGUCUGCAUCUUAUAAUGUAUCGUGUUUUUUUCUGGCACUGUUUUGAUAUCAAAAUAUCACCUGCAAUGUUUUCUUUUUUUCUUUUUAAAAAGAGAUUCAGUUAAAAUGCCAUUAAACAUUGCUAGGUGAAACUGCAUGUUCUUACUGUGCACUACUAGAUUGUUCUCAUUUCAGUUGUGUCAAGUAUGUCUCUUAUAAUUUUAACUAGUUUUUCUGUUUAACGAGGGAAGGAAGAAGGUGACAGGUCUCUCUAGCUGUUAUUUUAGGAAAGGCACUUGUGAGUUUUCCAUAUUAAUCAGCAGUGUAGAAUUUGGACACUUCUACUAUUUGACUGUUCCAGAAAGUGGUUAGGACCUCAUUUAGGAAACUAUCCCAGCUAUCAUGGGACUUACCAAUUUGUUAUAUUUCCUCAUAAAUCUUACAAUCACAACUUCAUUUUCUUUAACUAUAACGAUAUCUUAAAGUGCGACUCAAAGAAACUUAACACCAUACUGCUUUUAAUGCUACAUACAGAGGAGGUGCCGUGGAUCACCUGAUCAAAUACCAGCUUAUGUUUGCGGAAGCAUCAUAACAGUGAUGUGAGUUUUGCCUAUGGUUCACUCAAGGCUUUGUCUACUUUUGUAGUAAAAAAGCCUAAUUGUGUACAUGCCUGGAACUUCUUUAGUUUCUGAACUAUUAGCAGACAUUACCUCUUUUCACCCAUCACUUUCCAUGAAUGCUGCAGACUUCACCAGCGAUUUUUCAGGUUUCCACAUGAGCUGCUAUGCAAAAUUCAACUAUGUGGCAUCGUCUUGCUAUAUUAGAAAUAUUCCUCAAAAAAAGCUACUGUUCAGAUAGUAGUCCAUUUUGUGGUGUGAUUUCAAAUCUGUGCUAAUUCUUUGUUUUUGUUCAUUUCUAUUCCCUCUCCCACUUUAAUUAUUCAAAUUGUUGAGUAAAACCAUUUUCAGUUGCAUUCCUAACCUCCAUAGCACUAGCAAUCUCUUCUGACCUCAUAUUACAUGUACAGUUUAAUACAUUUUUCUCAUCCCAUUGCUAAAGUGGUUGAAUGGCAUAAGCUUUUGCAUCAAACUGAGAUUGUUUUCCUGAAUUUGGUAAGAUCUGCUAAAGCAGUUUGUUGCCCUGUUAAACUUUUUUUUCCCAUUUGUGUUAUACAGCUUUGAAGACAGUCACUUGGGCUUUAGGAGAACUAGUAGUUUUUGUUAACAAUGGACUGUCACCUUAAAUUCCCGAGAGUGCCACUUCGUGUGUCUUGCAAAUGUAUGAAAAUGACUUUAUUAUGCUAUUGUAUUCAACUUCAGUUACCCAAAGAAUUAUGUCCCACAAAAUGGGAGCCUAUAUUUUGGGGACUUCCAAGAAAUGAACACCCUUUUUAUAUGGGACACUGUCAAGUCAAACUUUGGUGUUAGUUAAAAAUCAAACAUUGCCUUAGGGAAGCCUGAUACCAAAGAAAGUUGUUAAGCUAAAAACGAGUCAGCUUGGAACUCAAGCAUUGUGUUAAGCUCACGAGAACCUAACCAUUAAAUUGUUUUACAUAGUCUUGUGUUUUGAGAGAGAUUUUAAACCGUAUGUAGUGCAAAUCAUCAAAUCUGGAUUAACAGUGUAAUCUUGUGUAUGUCGACUCAGAUGUAAGACUCAUUGAGUACAGUGGGACUGACUCCCAGGUAAGUGUACAAAGGAUUGCAGCCUCCAUCUGUUAAUGUGAAUUUUGUAUGAUCAUAUUUUGAUGGAUGCUUCAAGCUUUUCAGUUGGAAAUGAGAAAUGCUUGGCAUUACCGUUACGGGUUGCUGUAUAGAAUCUCUGCUUGGUAUGUUGGUAGAUGGAAAAGGGUCUCUUGUCUGAAAAAAAUGAGCUCAAUAUUCCAAAGGAACAAGAAUAAUGGUUUGGAACUGGGGUAGAAGCCCUAAAGGGGGGGAAAAUCACGGCUCUAGUUAGGAAGAAUUAAGUAUUUCCCAGCACUUAACCAGGAGGUGGUCUUGAGUUGUUCCAUCGUAUUACAAACUGACGUGAUUAAUUUGGGUUACAAUUCAGCAGCUCCCAAUGCACUUGAAAAAUGCAGUAGACAAAGGAGGCUUUCCCAUUUUACCCCCAGUGUGAAGACAAAUAAACACUGCAAAUGAAGACCAUGUUCUAUCACCUGUGAUGUAUACUCCUUGUUUGUGACAAAGAGCAGGCAGUGUAAAUUUGUUGCCAUCUAUUAUGACAAAUUACUGUAUUUUGUUUGCCUAUGUGGAUUAAAUGGAAGGCACUGUAUGUGAAAUAGAAAACGUUUUGGAGGCUCCCUGAUAAAGUAUAUUGCUGGGUUGUAGUGGUGGUAGCUGUGCAGUAUGCCCAGAGAUUUUAGGGAAGAUAAGAUUCUGACUGUCAAAAUGAAUACUGCUACAGUGUGUUAAAGCGUAAUAUCCUCUUCAGUAUUCAUUUCUUGUGUUUGUCAUACUUUCUGAAUGGAUUGUGUCAUUUGUAUUUGAAAAGUAUUCUGAAAAAUAAAUUUUAAAAAAACUUGCCAUAAA